AUGGCCCUCAGUUCUACAAUCUCGUAUACGCAAUGCACACCCGCCAACCCAACAUUCAACAAACUUUUUUAUGUGCAAUCGAGGGAAGCGAUCCAAGGGGGCUUCUGUUAGCGGUGCUACCUUUCCAGGACAAGGGGAGGUAACUUGUUUUGUAGGAGCCGCAUCUCGGCAACCUCGUGGGUCUCUCCCCCUCACCCCCCAACAGCGCGGCAGAUUGUUCCGAGUGAUCUGCCCUCUCUCCACAUCCCUGCCUAAACAGCCUGCUGUGAUCAGUCUAGUGUGCUGUAAAAAAUGAGCCUCCGCUAUAGUUAAAGACGCUGCUCCUGACUCCCCCGCUCGCCUCGUUACACCCCCUCCCAGCACAGCACUGAUGAAUAGCGAUCGGGAGCUUUGACGGAGGACUGCCACAUACCAACUGCAGAAAGCAAAGGGGUGGUAUGGAGGGAGAGGGAGGGAGGGAGAGACCCUCCUCCUUUCUUUGCAAAACUUUUCAGCCCAACUUUCCCAGCUUCCGCUUCUCUCGGAUUGGCGAGGCUGUGACGGGGGUGGGGGGGUGUCGGUUUUCCUAUGCGAUCCCCUGUAACAUCGCCUUCCCUUCUUUAAACCUCAGGUGCAAGAGGGCGAUCUGCUCUCAUCCCGCUCCGGACUUCUUCUGGGGGGAGAGAAGGUGAUUUUUUUUAGUAUACUUUCCUUUUUCUUUCCCCCCUGGCAGUUCCAUUUCCCCCUUUCCCCUCCUGCGGCUCCUCCCUUUCCCCCUCCUCCUCCGCCGGGGGAGGCGGGGGCAGGACUGGGAGGCUUCGGAGCCGGGUUAGCAAAAAGAAGGGAAUUGUUUGAGAGUUCAGUCAUCCAAAAAACCUUCUUCCAUAUGGAGGCUCCGGCUGCCUCGAUCCCAGUGGCUUCCUCGGCUCUCUGCAGUUUCUUCUUCCUCUUCCGCUCAGCUUUGUAGGGAAGCUGCGGACUCUUCCUAAAAGCAGCCUGCUCCCAAGUACAACAGCCUCCCUUUCUCCCUUAAACCUCCUCCAUCCAGAUUCUCAACAUCAGCUUUAUUUGGGUGAGUGCCUAGUUGAACUGCCCGGGCUGGGAGCUCCUCAUUCUUGGGGUUUGGGGUUCUUUGUUGCUGUUUCUUUCCUUAUCUUUAAAAACUCCCUUCUUUUCCUUUUUUCCUUUUCUUUUUCGGUAACCGCUCUCCCUUCAGCAUCAUCUUGGGUGAGGGAAGCAGCAGCAGCAGCAGCAAUAACAACAAAACAACCCCAGAGUUUGAUUUUAAACAAAAUCAAACAAAACCGAGGAGCAAAAUAAAGUCAUAGGCUUCCCCGUGUAACAGUAAUUUGUGGUGUUGGGAAUUUGGGAGGAUGGAACCGGGAUGUUUGAUUUUUUUCCUUUUUUGCGGGGAGAUGUAGGAUGAGUUUGAUAGUUUAUAAGAAGUCAAGAUUUCCCCAUGGUUCUUUUAACUUUCUCUGGUUUGUGCAGGUUUGUUUUUCACUGGGCAGGUGAGAUUUGCAGCCUGGCUGUUUCGCUUUUUUGCCAUCAUCUUGGCAGUAAUGGAGGAACUGGCAAUUGCUCUUUACAAUUCAGCUCCAGCUCUUGCCAAAAGUCCACCAGAGAUUGCAAUGUGUUUGUUUUGUUUUUUUAAAAAAAGGAAAGAAAUGGGGGAGAAAUAAACUUUCUUUAUCAUCUUAGUUCAGGCUUGUAAGGCAAUCUAGGAAAUGCCUUGUAGCAAGCCUGCAGCGGUAGGGUAGAUUUAUUUAAAAGUUUUUUAGAAACUUGAAAAGAUGGGGGGGGAGCAUGUAAAUGGGGCAGCAUCUUUUGCUUGUGACAAUGCAGGCUGCUGCAACAUAGAGAAUGCAUGAAUGAGUUUGCUCAGAGUAAACAAGUUUGUUGUCUGCAUUUGCCUGUUCAACUGCUUAUUUUUGUAAACUUUUUGUUUCCAUCUUUAAAUGAAAAAGAAAUUGGCGGUAGUAGGUGGAAAAGUAUUUUAGAGGAUUUUAGAUCUUAGAUGCCUUGUUUUGGUUGUAAGAUUUUGUCCGAGACUUGUGAUUGAGAGGUAAAAGUUAUUUGCAGGAACUCCCCAGUUCAGCUUUUCAAAAGGAUGUUUAACACUUGCUAAUAAAGUGGGGAGAAUCCUCAAGUAGCAAAACUUAUGUAAACACCUUGGGCAUAAUCCAGCUGCCGUUAAGCCCUUUUAAGAUUUAGGGAUUUCAUUGGAAGAGAGUUCUGCACCUGCUUAAUUCUCCAAUUGGUUUCAGUAGGUCAAAAAGGUGCUUACUGUUGGCUGGGUUGUGACCUUGGUGUUCUUGAGAAAUAUUUCCAAGAGCCCUCAUUUCUGAAAUACUUCAGUUAAUUAAAAACUCUUACUAACAUUUUAGUUUUUUAAAAAUUGGAUGCCCAUAUAUUGUAAUUGCAUAUAGCAAAACUAUAUUGAUAUUGUGCUUAUGUUAAACUUGUAAAAGUUCUAGGUAAACUGGGAUUUUCCUGUGAAUUAUGGUAUGAUAAAUCUAAUUUUGAAAAACUUCCCUGUGUUUUUUUAUGAUCCCAUCUCCAUUACUUUUAAGACUACAAACCAGCAGCUCAUCCUAUAUGUGUGUAAAACUCCCUAUGAGUUUUUGGAAAUUAAAUAUAUAUAUUAUAGUUUGUUUAAGCAAAGGAAAAAUAAGAUAAUAUUUAUGUGAAAGAUGCAUAGCUGGAAGCCAAGAGCUGUUCACCACUCUCUUGUUUAGCUCUUCAGGCUUCCCAACCACUUUCUUAAUGAAACCUGUAGAAGAUGGUUAUGUCCAGGCACAAUGUCCUUGCUUGUAGCUAAAGAGUAAAGUUUAAAUUGCAUGUGGCUGUUUCUAACAAGGAUUCAGAUAUUAUGACAGCUAUCCAGGAGAUUUGUGUCUAUUUAGGUAUGGAUUUACCUCACUGUGUGUUGUGUAAUGGAACUGAACUGUCCUAUAUCAAUGCACCACAUGUUCUGUUGGGGUUUAUUGUGCAAAAUUUGGUCAUUGUUUUUAAUAAUCAAAUGUUUCCCCAGCUAUUUUUAUUGAUGUCUGUGUCUGUGUCUUUGUUGAUAACUGAUUUUUAGAACAUCACUGGCUUAGUCUGAACGAAUGAGAGUCACAAAAUAGAGAGAGUUUUUAUUGGUCCUGCAUCUGUUGUUGAACUGGUACAUACUUGGCGAAUAAACCUCAGAGGCACAACCCUUUUUACAGUAGAGUUGACCCAUAAAGAAUACCACCCUAACUACUUUUAACCAAUGAAGAAUAUUAUAUAUAUCUAUUGUCUUCCUUUUCAACCUAAUUCCCUCUCUCACACACAUGUUGCUUCCUGUUAAUAAUAAACCCUCCCAGACCCUUUCUGUAAUGUCUUCUGUAAAGUUUGCCACUUAGAAAUGUAGAUUCUGCUCCUAUUAAUUCUCCACUAGCUGCGGAGUGCAGGUUCCAGCUUUUACUAUUUGCAUUUAAGUCUUCAGUUUGUAGUUUGUUUCCAGUCCAGCGGUUCCACUGCAGUGACUAAUGAAGGUCCACAAUGUGAGAAUGUGGCAGUUUCAAACAGACCCUAGCUCUUUCUUUCAGAGAUUGUAUAGGGAAGGCAUAGACAGUUGGGAGUUUGAGGUAGGAGUGGUAUACAUUCCUGUGUACAAAGCACAAGAUCUGGAAAGUCUAUUCCUUGCUCAAGCUGACUUGUAUGAUUCUUUUCUAACCCACAAACCUGUGAUAACAUAUAUCUAACUCAUGAAUGCAAAUCAUUAUAGCAUUCAUCACAACUUGCAAUAAUAAAUAACUGCAGCCACAAUCAUGUGAAAGAGAAGUUGUUAAACCAGUCGCUUCUGUUGGUAAAGAAAGGUUAGUAGUAUUGAGAUGCUGAAAAUUUAGCUACAGCAAAAGAGUGAGUCAGUUUUCUGAUUGAUUUACACCCAUCUUUAAUUCCUAGAAAGGAGGAAUAACCAAAACACUUUCUUUAUAUAGGCUGGCAGAGGAAACAAGCACAACCCAUAUAUAUAUUUAAAACACUCUCUACCUUUAUAGCUUAAGGGCUGGUUUGUGGUGAGUAGCUUAAGGCCAUGCCUAUAACAGCCAUAUGGAUAGGCAAGACACAAGAACUACUGUUGGUAUAGGGGGGUAGACUUGGGGAAGCUCAUGAUCUUGGCCUGUUUUGGCUCCCAAAGGUGAUGAGAGACUUGUGCCAUUGACUUCAGUAGGAGUCAUAGUAAGUUGGUAUGAAUCUGGAAAUCUCCCUGUUAGUGAUGGUGUUGGUGAGUUCAGCUUGUGAACUUUUUAAUGAUUGGUUCUUCAUACUGAAUAGCCUUCCUUGAUACUCAUUUUACAGGCUAAUCUGAUCUUGGAGGAUUGCUUUAUCAAUCUUUUGCAUGGCGGUAAAUUGAACUCUGCAAUGUUGCAGAAUGGAACUUUCUAGACAAAAACAAUUAAGCACAUUAAAAGUUCAAUGCAUAAUAAUCCUAUCUUAGCAACAGGUGUUGGCUGUUUCUGAUGAAAAGCUCUGAGACUCCUUAACUUAUCUACACUUUCAAGGGGUCAGACAAAAAUCCAGUAUUCAAUACAUUCAUAGUAUAAAUACAAAUACAUGUUUAAUGUUAGGUCUGAAUGAGGUCACUGUGACAGACAUUGCUAAAUGUGUUCUAGUUGUGAUCUUGGUAUGGGUGUUGGCUUUGGUCACAUUACCUUCUGACGACAGUAUGGUGUAUGGGUGGGGAGCUUGUGGCCCAACAGAUGUUGCUGGCCUACGACUCACAUCAUAUCUGACCAUUGGCCAUGCUAACUGAGGCUUAUGGGAGUUGAAGUCCAGCAACAUCUGGAGGGCCACAGGUUCCCCACCAUGAACUUCUUAGUUGUGGCGCCUGAGUUGGAACUUCCUGCUUAAGACAUUUCAUCUUUCAGUUUCCUUGCUGACUUUCAGGAAGACUUUAUUUCAAAGAGCUUUAGUCUGAACUUUUCCAGUUGAAAAGCUGAUGAUGAUGCCUGUGUAUAUUUUGAUAGAUUUUACUUAUUGUUUGAUUUCUUAAUGUUGAAAACCAGUUUUGCUGCAGAUUGGUGCAGAACUUUAAUGAUAACUUUUAGCUCAUUGAGCUUCCAUCUACAAACACCAAAAUUCCCAAAGUUGAUAGCAUUCAUAUGACCAUAUACUGUGUUAAUGUGUUAUUGCAAGUGAUGAUUCAGCAAACUGGGGAAAUUUCGUGAAGCAAAUAAAGCUUCAUCUUGCUUAAUAAUUUUGUAUUAUGUGAAAGGAACAGAUCUUCAUAUUGCCUUGCAUCUUUCUGCAAAGAGUAGUCUGGCAAUAGAGUUUGUUUCUGCAGGUUUUACUGAGUCAUGUUUUAAGGUACAUAGAGUUAACAUUUUAAAUACUACAUCUUACAAUAAUAUUAGGAGUUUAUUUUCUAUCACAGCAUCAUAUUGCAGCGGUCCAGUUCCAUCAUAACAGUGGAACCAUGGUUAAGCAUUCAAGAGUAGGCCACAAAACCAUGCAGACCUUCCUGCUGUAAUGCAGUUAUUCCCAAUCUUGGUUAAAAUUAACAUAGUCUGCUUGUAAAUUAAUGUUGAGAACCCAUUUUUAGUCCCCUUCUGCGAUGCCAGUCAGAUGGAGAAGACAGAUAUGGUUAGAUUAUUUGCAUACAUUCCCUAGUGACAUUGGAAUGCACUAUGGUUACUGUGCUGUGUGUGUGUGUGUGUGUGUGUGUGUGUGUGUGUGUGUGAAGAGAGCUGUCUUUAGUGCAGGGAUGAAGUGCCUGUGAUUCUGCAGAUGAUGCUGGACUACAAUUUCCAUUAUCCCUAACCAUUGGCCAGACCAAAAGCUAAUCUAAUCCAGCAUUUUGUUCUCUGUGACCAACCAGAUGUCUAUGGCAAGCCAACAAGGUCAUGAGUGCAACAGCACGCUACCAUAUGCUUUUAAACUAUAAUUAUCAUCCCUUCUGACCACUGGCCAUGUGGGCUGCAGCUGAUGGGAACUGUAGUCUAACACCUGUAGCAGGCUACCCCUGUGUUAUGUAUGGUCAUGCUACAUACAUGAUGAUUGGGCUCGCAUGAUCCCCUCUUCUCCUCUGAUGCAAUUCUGAGGGGAAGAUUGGAAGUACCUGUUUCUUCAAAACUUACCAGAAUUCCUUGUUAAUGUCUGAACUUUGGGAUCUCCGGUUAUUUUGAACUAUGGUUAGUGAACUAGCCAGGAUCCUAAACAACAGUUUAAUCCUGGCUUGUUGGAACUAAGUAGAGUUGCACAAGUGUGAACAUAAUGGGGAUCUCUUUGCUUAUUUAAAAGUAAUUCCCAUGUGGAGAGGAGGAGAGGGAAUGAAUAGUGUGUGAGCCUUAGGUUCACGGGCAACGAUCGAAAGAGAGAUGGUGCCAUUGUAGGUGUUCUGGGAAGGUGUCUUUGUGCUUUGUGGGUUGGCAGCAUGUCAGCCCUGUCGUGUACUUCGACAAAUGGAGAUUCAAACUAUUAAUGCCUGAGUUUGUAUAGUCUUCUCAGAGGACUCAGUUUUCAUGUAGGAAACCACUUGUUUGAAACAAGCCAAAAUGUAUCACUUCAAAGAGAAGGCUUGCUUUCAUGUCUUCUUUCAGAUGUGGUACAUUAUGGUGUGCGGGUGUGAUUUUCACAAGUGUGGGUAUAAAACAAGUGACUUCCCACCUGAAAACUGAGAUUAUACUAAAGCAUGAGAGGAUUAUGCAUAGCUGAAUUGGCCCUGAAGAUGGUCAACUGAUGAUCUUGAGCAGGUAGGCAACUGACCUAGACUUUUAGCCAAUAGCUGUACAGAGAGACUGUCGUAAUCUUCAAUCACGCCCUUCCCCCUACCCCGGAUGACUGACUCCUACAUCUUCUCUCUGUUAAACCAUUCCUUCAAAUUCCCCACUCCAAAAAGCAAAGUUGGCUUUAUCUUUAGAGAAACUUUUGGAUGCCAACAUUUGAGGGUGGGAGCAGGAAAGGGCAAUGCCAUCAAAUCCAUUAGUCAACUUUUAGCACAGUUGCCAAAGAAAAUGUUUUUUAACAUACUUGGGGGGGGGGAAUUGUGUGAAGGAUCCAACUGUAGAUGAAAUAAAUGUAGGCUAUUCAUUUACAGAGUGAUCAGAGUGGGAAUAUUCUGGCAGAAUUAUGCAACAGUUUCUUUCCAAUUUUCCACUAACUUGGAAGCCUCUGGGUUAUUAAUAAUUAUUGUACAUUUAUGCAGUCUUUGUGUCUACCCCAAAAUGAAUAAUGCAUAGAUCUAACCAACUCUCUCCACAACAAAACACUUUGAACUGGUCUAUAUGUUAACUUGCACCACAGACCAGUAGACCUGUGGCAAAUUGUCCAUACAGCCCAACUGUAUUGUUAAGUCAGACUCAUUGUAUGACUUGAGGGUGUCACGUUGUGAAUUUCUCUUUUCCCAUUCAUCAUGAGUGGCAACCAUGGUGGAGCACAAAAAUACAUAGUUUGGUGCACAAACAACCCCCUUAAUGGAUAGUCAGAUUCCAUAACGUCAGCGCUGUUUCUUGCCAAGUUCUGGAGCUCUUGCAAGCAGGCUUAGAUAGGGUGUUACAAAUGAAAAACAAAUAAUGAUGUUACAUUAAAAAAAAAAAUCUUAGCUGGUCAACCCUGCUUUAUGAUUUUGGGGUACUAAAGACCAUGAAAAGCACCUUAAGUUUAGGCUGAGAAAGUUUAGAAGGGGAGAAAAGGUAACUGAAGUACCCAUGUAAAUAAUUCUUGGUAAAAAAAGGGUUUUGGUUUUUUUUAAAAAAAAACACCUUGAGGAAAGGCUUGAGGAAAGAGAAGGUGGAGUUUGGGCAAACAUCAAAAAUGAAAACCAUCUUUCAAGGGGGAUAGAAUUUCUUGACCAAAUCCCCAGUGCAAGAACUGUAGCGAUCAAAGGAAUAGUUUCACCCUUCAUCUUUGAGUUAGAUUCCUCCUCUGCAGAACUGAUGGUGAGAAGACCCCAUUGACCUUCUUCCCCAGCCCUUUUGGGUGGGAUCUUUGCUGCUCCCAAAGUGUUUCCCCUUACAGUGACUCCUCCUUGGAUACUUCCUUUUUUCCAGUGUGAUGUGCAUAACAGCUGUCUGGAUCACAAACAAUUGCUGUUUCACUGUUCUGUUUCUCUAGGGUUGACAUUAGAGAAACAAGGUGAGAACUAUGCAGCAUUUUACUCAUUUAAAAUCUGUAGGAAUUAUUUUUUAAUGUUCAAAUGCUCUCAAUUUCAACAUGGAGAACAUGAAUCACUCAUCCUAUUAAUAUAGUAGAAGGUCCUAGGUGGUACCUUAGGCUGCAGUUAGUGUGAUUGUUUUCACCCUUUCUAGCCCUGGGAUCCAUCUCUUAACACCAAUCUGUAACAUGAAGUCCACUUUCAAUGUUUUAUCUUGUUUGUUACUCUUCCUUUUAUUCUAUCUGACUGUUUACAUUUGUGCUGCUUGAUUUCUUACACUCACUGAUUCAUCCAAAGGAGGUUGUGGUACUGCAGAUACAACUUACCUUAAUGCCAACCACUUGAAGACUAAUGUACAGAAUAUUCAAGGAAUGAGAAUGCACAGCCACACGUCACUAAUUCUCAAAGACAGCCUUGACUGAGAUUGAUAAGAAAAGUACAUGACAAAUGGAGACUGUAGAUGGCUUGCCUCAAUUUAGUUGUUCUUGUUAUUCUUGUUAUUAUUAUUUAUUUCAUUAUUAUACCGCUUUAUAUUUUAAAGAAAAAAACUCUAAGCGGUUUAAAGCAUCAAAUGAAACAAUCCAGAGUAAAACUUGGCAGAAGAAAGUCAGAUAUAAAGAAUGCAUUCAAAGAAACAUAAUUAACAGGAAAUUAAACUUUUAUCUUGAAAGAUUUCAACACAAAACAUUACAAAGAAUAUCAAGCACAGGAUGUGCAUUUAAGGCAGCAAGAACAAAUUAUCUUAACAUUUUGAGAUAAAACAUUACUCAAGGAAUGCAAAUGUAAAAUGCACAUUUGAAACAGCAUUAUCAGCAAGAGUAUUAUCUUAAGCAGAGGACGUAUCUGCUGCUGUUACUGCCAAUCCUGUCAAUGGUGGUUCAUGGCAGCCAGCGGCUGUGGAAGCUCAGGCUCGAGGACCUGGGUCUGCACUAAGAGACAGCCAAGAGACAGUUCUGCCUGCGAGCAGCAUGUUUUGCCUGUGAAGUGCCUCUAAUUCUGCUGCUUGGAGAGGGGAGAAGAGUACCCGGAGAGUUGGCUUCUUCUGAUGACUCCUGAUUCAUCCUGGGUUUGUGGGAAACUCAACCCUCUUGUUUUCAGCCACAGGAAUGAUCCUCUGAGACAGUUGUCUGUGUUCCUGGCUCUUGGGUGUGGGGCAGGAUGUGUGCCAGUUCUGCUCUGUUCUUGGAUGACAGUGGCUAGAAGUAGGAUGCAAAUAAGGAGAAGCAGAACAGAGGCGGGAUGGUGGUGGAGUGAGAAUUGUAAGCUGCUGAGUUCUAGCUGUAGGGGAAGGAAGGAUCAUAUGGGCAACGGCUGGUCUCUUGUGGCCUCUUUGAUCCUGGCUUCAAGACAAUCUGAGAUCUUCUGAGCAAAAUCUCUCCUCUCUGUUAUUUCCAACUUCUUUCUAUAGGAUAUUCAGCAUACAGUAACCUCUUCUCCUUCCUUUGUUUCCCCUCCCCUCUCUUCUCUCCACAUACAAGCUUCUUCUCCCCUCCCUCCCUUUAAAUCUUCUUGGCAGAAGUUGAAACACACAAUGAGCUUGGACCAAGAUGAAACUAGUUGUGGAGUGUGUUGGGCAAUGAGAUUCAUUUGUUCUGAACCUUGAGGAGAGAAGGCGGGUGAAGGAAAAGGAGGAGAGAGAGAUGACCCUCCCCAGAUUGGGCACAGUGCCAAAAAUGUGUUUUACUUGGAAAAAGAAAGUUUUGACGUUAUCCUGGAGUUAACUCUUUCGCCACCCAUAAUACAAGGACCAUUUGACAGAGCAGCAGACAUCUUACUGCCCUCCUAAGGUCCCUAUAAUAAACCCUGACUUAACUGUUGUACCACAUUAGUUAAGAUUGCCAUACUUAUUUUGAUAGGCCAAAACCUUUAGGAGUACUUAGCAACUAGCAGCCAUCAUCAAGGAUACUGACAGCAAGUGGCAUUCUCGACUGAAGAGAAAUGUGCAUUUCUUUUUCAGAGAAACAGUUAUGAUUGUCAGGAUCUUUAAAAAGUCAGAGUUCUUCAAUUAGAGAUGGAAUAUCUGUUCUAUGUUCCCUUCUUUACCACAGGCACCAUGUUAUUAUGAUCGCCCUUUAAAUCAGUUCCUUUUCACUGCAAUACCUCUAACCCUCCUCAUUUGCACCAUGAGGAAAAUGUUAUGCCUUGCUUCACAGAAUGUAGGAAGUUUGAGCUGACUAUUGCUGUUUAGACAGAUAUUUUCAUACCGUGACAUGAACGGGAUUGACAAGAGCCUUGCUUUUUCACUGCCAAGUAGCUGUUUUAAUUGAAAAAGGGGACUGCGGGGGUGAGGUGAGAGGAAAGAGGAAGAAAGAUGAUUAACACAGAAAUGUUGUUGCUUGCAGCAACUGAAUAAUCGCAGCAGCUGGCAUUGGAUUAUGGCUUGCAAUGUGUAUACUUUGAGUCAUCACAAGGGCUUGAUAAAUUUUCUCCAGAUGAGAGGAAAAUGAAUGUGGUGAAAGAGAUGGUGGUGAGGACAUCCAUUUUCUCAGGAAAAAAGUCUAUAGGAAGACAGCCUCAUAUCUGGAUUCUAGGCCUCGUAGAGCUACCCAAAGCCAGCCUAUUUCUUAUUAGUCAUUCACAUUAGCCUGGUGCGCACAUCACAUUAAGCCAUAGUUACAAUAAACCAAGGUUUAACGUGAACAAAAGGUAUGCUGGUGCAUGCUUUUGAAAUUGGGGGCCUUCUGAAAUUCCCCACCCUGAUCCUGCAGCAUGGUCUGGCUUGCUGUCUUCCCCAAACCCAGGCUCCUUGCUUGUGUCUCUCCGCACUAUGAGCAGUAAGCCAAAAACAAACCUUGGCUUCUGUGAGUGGUUUGUUUGAAGAGAAACAAACCACAAAUCCAGGUUUAGAUAACAUGACAAGACAGACCAUAGCUUGUUUCCUGGCAAUGUGGCCGCAGCAGGAGCCAAAGUGGAGCAAAGUGCCUACAAUUUCAACUCAUUCAUGUUAAACCAUAGUUUAUUUUAACAGUGAUUUAAUGUGACAUGUGAACCAGGCCAUUGUGUUGAGGGAAUAACGUGGCAAAGUGCAUAAGUACAGCACUGGAUUGUUGUUUUAAUUCAUGCAUAUUGACUAGGUGGUAGCAGUUGGGUGAUAGGCUUUUGCUUUGAGCCCCACCUCCUGAGUUGGGUCAUUGGCUUAAGAUAAAUUUGACAAGCAUAGCGACACAUGAGUUUCUCCUAAGUACUGUUAUAGCACCUGCAUCAGCAGGAUUUCCAGGUAAUGGGAGUUAAUCACACAAACAAUGCUCUGUAUUUUGUUGGCCACCAGAUAUCUUGUUUGUCUCCAUUUGUUUUUUUCAGUUUUUUGCCAUUACUGUACUAUUUUACAGUAGGUAGACAACACUGAUGCCUGAGGGCUCAUUUUAUGUCAGUAUUAUGUCACAGUUGGUCUUCAUUACAAGAUAUGUAGUUCAGUUGCACUGCUAUAACUAGAUUAGAUUCCCUGCUGGCACAAUAAAUGCCAAGACCUCAAUCCUCAAAAUUUGAUAGCAUAUUCCACUGAAAUCAACAGGACAUGAUCAUGGAGUGAAUGUGCUUCGGGAUGGUGUUUAAAUUUAAACUAGGCCUCUUGUUCGUUUGACAAACAUUUUCUAUUGGGUCUGUGAUUUUGAGCUGGUUUAUCCCUGUAAAAUUAUCCUGCUGUUUUUGUCUAUACCAGCCUCUCACCACACUGCUUUGGUAUGGUUGCUCCUUCCCUUAACCACAGUAUUUUGUGUACACUGUAAAUUGCUUUGUUUCCAUUGUAAAAAGUAAGCUGAUCUGUCCUCCAUCUCUUUGGUGCUAUUGGACCUUCAGAGUGCUAACACUUUGAAUUCUGGAGAUUAGCCAGUUGAUUUUUUAUUUUUAUUUUAUUUUAUUUUUGAGAGAGAGAAAAUAUAAUUAAGUGUUUUUACAAAUAGUAAAUCUGUAACAGCACAGUCCUGUACAUAUCUACUCAGAAGCAAGGCCCAUUGAGUUUAAUGGGGCUUACUCCCAGGUAAGUAGGGAUACAGGAUUGCAUCCUGUCUUGGAAGUAGUUAAUUCUUUAGUCUGCUUGUUAGCAUCCACUAUAAUAUAGAUAUGGAUAUAGAUAUGGUAGGAAUUAUUGUCACUGAUUAAUGUCACCAAUUCAACAAGACUAUGUGUGAAAUUCAGGUUGUCUUCUCCUCUGUUCUGAGAAAUAAUGUACCAGGUUGAUUUUUUACAUUAUGACUCUCUUCUUUCUUAACCGUAAUCUUAUUUUGUAAACUAAGUAUAACUCUUAGGGUUCCAGAAUCAUACCAGGACUUGGAUCACUCUUGAUCCACAGUGCAGUUAUUUUAAUCUAAAACAUCACUUCUAGUUUUGAAACCCAUAGAGGUAUGAAGCUAUUCAUGAGAGGGUUUUUGGUGUAUAUGCUGGCGAUUUCCCCGAAAAUAAUACUUGGGUAGAUGUUCUAGCAGAGAAGAAUUUUUUAUACUAAGCCUAAGAUUAGGUAGAACUAAUCUGGUUUUGCAGCUAUCCGAAAACACAUCUGCAAAUCUUUUGAGGAAGAUUGGUCAGAAUUAUGGUUAGGGGUAGAAACCACAUGGAACCAAGCCACCCCACAAUGUUUCUACCCUGAACCUUGCAAAAUACAUUGGAAUGGGGGAAGGUGGAGUUCAGAGGGAGUGCAAGUUGACACAUAGAUUUUUUAUUUUUUUUUUUACGGUUGGAGACCCUUCUGGAUCAGAAUUACCACUUCUCUGACUCUUCUUUCUGUGCUCUGCUUUCUGAAAGCUGCAUAUAUAAUGUUUCAGACAUAUAGGAAAGGCAGGCUAUAUUGCAGUCAACAAUGGCCUUUGCGGUGAGGAAUAGCUUUGGACUGCUUGGGAAAACUUGAUUCUGGCCUUGAAGAUAAAAAGUAGAUAAUUGUGUUUUUAAAUUAAGAUGUGGGCAUCAACUGAAACAGUAAAAUGACUUGGACGCAGGACAAAGGAUUUGAGUUCAUUGGGAGCUGAAUGCAUUGUUCUUUCUAUUUUAUACAUAUGUUUUUUUCUGACUGGUGUAUAAUUCCAACUGUCUUCCUUGCUCUCUUUUCUUCCUAUUCCUUAUUCCUUUUGUAAACAGAGCAUACCAAAUCCAGCUUCAUUGCUGGCUAUGCUCCACGUGUUUGUUUUCUGUACACGUGCUGCUCUUGCCAACUCUGUUGGGCUUUGGAGAGGAGGAAGGCAGGAUGGAGGGGUGGCAGAGUGACAUGAGAGCAGACUGCUGCUUUACAAAUUCAUAUUUGUUUAAAGCUUAAAGGCUGCUUGAGAGAACUCUUGGAGUGAGGAGAAAGUAGUAGGGUGGGAAUGGGGAAGAGGAGAAUGUAAACUGUGUCAGCAGUAGCAAACUUUCCAGCUGGGGCCUGCUCCUGUUGCCUGCGUGAAGACAAGUACUUUUAAAGAUCUUAAAUCUCAGAUAAAGCACAAGUGGGGACUGCAACAAAAUGUUGCAGUAUGUCCUUGCCUACAAUACAGCUGUUUAAGGUAUUAGCCAACUAUUUUGCCUAAGCAGGGCAUCGCCUGCCCCUCCCCAUAUAUGCACACCCACCCACACCAAUUUCCUGUUUUUCUUUUCCAACUGAUACUCGGCAUUCAGUGGUUUCUGUACAUGCUCAGAAAUGUUAACAUGGUCAGAAAGCUUACGUCUCAUUUUGAAAGGCCUGGGAUACCCAGCACUCUGUUCUUGGACAACGGGCCACAAUACGCCUCAGGAGAAUUCAGAGUUAUGCAUUACAUAGGAAUUCCAGCGCAAGGCACUAUUCUAUGGAUAGUCACAGAACAAUGGGAAAGCAGAAUCAGCAGUAAAGACAGCCAAAGCAAACAAGACUGCAGGGGAUCCUUACCUGGCUUGAUUGGAAUCACAGAAACACACCCUUGCAAGGAAUGAACAGUAGCCCAGUUCAAAGACUGAUGGGAAGGAGGAUGGAGACAUUGCUGCCCUUGGGGGACUCUUUGCUACAACUCCAGGGGAAAUGGUGAGACAGUACACUUGGAUUCCACAGAAGGAAAGAGCUAAACAAGCAAAGUACAAUGCACAAAACAAAGACAAUGUAUCACCUGGAACAAUUGCACAGGCAUGAAGCGAGAAGCUGGUAUGACAACCGGCUCACCUGGAUGACUGUGGACCAGUGGUGAAGGCUCCACUGUGGUGUAUUUGCUAGCAGUAACCUGUUGGCCAAACCAACUGAUUAAGUUAAUUGUCUGCUUUAACAAAGAUGUAACUACAUGUAUAGAGUUCAGAAGUAAAGCUAGCUAUAGCAGAGGGAGGAGUCUGAAGAAGAAACCGGAAGUGGGGAAGUACAUGGCAAGGAGAGAGCAUCAUGCCCUGUAACUGUUCUGUAUGAAACUAUUUUAAUGAAGUACACUGUUAUGUGGGGAGUUGCCCCUUUGAUUGCACAGUGUCACCUUAAGAAGCUCUAACUUGUUCUAGAUGCUCUAUAAAUAUAUGGGGAUUUAGUUUUCUUUCACCAGAAGGUGAAAUGUUAAAUUAACUGUCUCCACUGCUCAGUGGCCAAGAGAUUAUGGGCUAUUAUGAGAUUUCAGGGAAACAGAGGAGCCAACCUGUUACAACUUGCUCUUAAGGUUUUCUGAGCUAAAACAACUACUCAGCUUGUUUAUGGUGCUCAGGUUUGGGAACUGGCUGUACUUCUUCAACAGACAGUAUCCAGAAUAAAUAUUUAAGAUCACGUUUGUGCUGCUUUCUCUCCCAGCGUCGUUUCUGAGACUAGAAAACAGGUUUAAGUUCCUUGAAAAGUAAAAUCCAGAGGCUGCUACUUAAUUAUUGGCUUAGGCUCACCAGAAUGAAUAUUUCUAAUGUAGCACAUUUAUGUUUUAGGGGAUAGCCAAUUAGGAACCAGCGCAUAAAUCCUUGAGAUCUGUGACAGAGGAGCAUAUUCAGUAGGGUGGGGUUUUCUUACUCUUAUUCAUUAUGGCCUCAGUUGGAGCUCACAUUACAGUUAGAUUGGCUGGUAGAUAUAGAACAUCAACAUUAUUUGCCUUAUGUUGAGGGAUACCAAGAUUUCCCAUUGGUAUAUGAAGAUGUUUAGUUGUGCUUGACAUAACUUAGUAGAGCAUGAGACUCUUAAUCUCAGGGUCAUGAGUUUGAGCCCCAUAUUGGGCAAAAGAUUCCUGCAUUGCAGGGGGUUGAAUUAGAUGAUCCUUGGGGUCCCUUCCAACUCUACAGUUCUAUGAUUCUAUGAUGUCCUGUGAUCUAAUUACUAGGUGUUGUACUGGCCAAUGGCUAAGUAAUAAAUUUGAAUCUGACCAGGGCCCAUAGAGGUUCAUAGUUUGUAAGCAGAAAGGCUGAAAGGCUGCUCUCAGGUAGAUUUGAGCAAAGCAGAUGAUUUCAUCCUGGAGCAUAGGGUGGUCAGGUCAAAAAGCAAGGCAGUAAUUGAAGAGAUGCUUAAGUGGAGAUUAACAAUAAGACUUCCAGGCCAGGCAGGAAAAGUUAGAGAUUCAGAGAGGGCCUGAAUCUCGGUUCAGCAAAGUUUAAAGUUCACGCAAGACUGAAAGCUGUGAAGAUCCAAGUCGCUAAAUGGUGAGGAGAGGCAUAUUGUUAAACUCGAUGGAUCACUGGAUGUUCGCAUCUCUGUCUCCAAGUGCAGUUUUUGGUUUGAUUGGAGUAUGUGUACGUUCCUACUCUAACCAGCUUUCAUGGCAGCACAGGAAGUAGAGAGCUUAUGCUUGUUCCCCAAAGACCAGGGUUUGAAGCCUACAACAUCUGAUGUUAUGCUGAUUCUAUAAAUAGCAACAUUUGUCCACUCCAAUGAACUAAGCCCCACAUUAAAAUGAACGUGCACUUAGUGUGAUUACAGUCUCAAUUAAUUUGCAAAUUAUAGUCUCAAUUAAUUUGAUAUUCCCACAUGUUCUUUCUUGCAAUUGCACAUAAUUAAGCAAUACACUUGCCUUAUAGCUCAAGAUUGCAUUUGAGAUUGGCUUUGCAGGAAAAAUCCUAUAGAGUAUCUAACAUAAUUAAAAUGAAGGUACUUGUCCCUUAAAUUUUUUUAUUUUAGGGAGUGCUUAAUUUCAUCAUCACCAUUUUAUUUGUAUGCAACCUUUCCAUGGUUAAAACUAUGCACAAAGUGACUUACAAUAUGGAAAAGGUACAUAAUUAAAAAAUAGCUAUAGACAAUAAGUAAAACACAUCAAAAAGUACACAAAAUUGAACAAUUUCCACAUAAAUCCUAAGAGCUUAAUAACAGCAACAUCCCUUGUUAAACAAUGCCCAAGCCCAGUUUUUGAAGCUGGAUUUAGUCAGGGCCCUGCCCUCGCAGGCCAGGUGGGAAAAGGCUAGCAAGGCAGGGAGCAAGUCAUUCAGAACUCACAGCCAAGAUGGUCAAAGCUUACACCAAAGUCUAUUGAAAUUACAAUAACUUGAAAGAAUAACUUAAAUUGUAUGUCAAGAGUAAAGUUCCUCCAGAUGUAAUAACCAUGAAAAAACCCCUGCUUUAUAUAAAGACAUUUUGUUUUAGGAGCAUAUUGUGAUGUCUCACAAUGCCACAAAACUAGCGAUGCUAAAAAUAGCAAUUACAGUUGCCCGUUCGAAUUCCCAGGCAGUCAUUAUGUGUGCAAAAGUUAUGGAGGUUUUGCCAAGGAUUAAUGAAGUCAUGGAACUUGAGAUAGCUGGAAGUAAUUUCUGCAAUAUUUCAUCCAAAUGUUAUAGGAAUUUUAAUUUAAUAAAGAAAAAAUAGAAUAGGCUAUUAAGAUCCAAUUAUAGUGUGAUUAUUUUUUUUAAAAAAAUCCUUUUUCACAGCAACAGAAUUCCAUAUUAGCUAGCAAGUUAUGGCUCAGUAUUCAGAGGGUCACUUUGACAAUUUGGUUGCCCAUAGGUGGGAUCUGCCACAACUUGUUGUAGUGUGGAGUGCUCCUGUUCAUUGUUCCAGUCAUCCUGAUACUCCAUUCCCUUCUGUAUGGUUUUCCAUCCCGUUUCCAGCAGUCUUUCAGUAUUUCCUUACCACUGAGCAUACUCUGCCAUCACUGGGCAGUUGUGGGGUUGUUUCCCCUUAUACUUCUGCAGACCUCAGGUUUUCCUCCAACUACUAUUGAUACCGCUCUUGUACAUGGAAGAUGCCAUUUUGGAUUCAUAAAGAUCCACACUCAAGAGAUUGAGUUCUCCGUAAGUACAUACAGGGUAUUAGUAUAUAACCCAAGCUAAGUGAUGCUACUAUUGUACCAAGUCCAUGAUAAGAAAAACUAAACUGAAUAAUGAAAAUGUCAGUAUAAACAAACUAUGGACACAGUCUACCCACUUGCAGCCAAUACAUGGAAAGAUUGGCAGUGUUUGUCCUCUGAAUGUGCAUAGGCUUAUCUGAAGCAUUUUGAACACAAGAAGAGCCUGGUGGGUCAGAACAAAGGCUUGUCAAGUCCAUUAUCCUGUUCUCACAGUGGCCAACCAGAUGUCUGUGGAAAACCAGCAAGCAAGAUGUGAGCACAGAAUAUUCUUCCUUCCUGUAUUGGGAACAGACAGGCCGUAUUUCCCAUAUCUCUUUCAGCCCUUCCUCUUGCACAUGUACACCAGUGGAGGUUAAGGGGACAUGACACCUCUAUUUGUCUUGUGAAAUGCCAUCUUUGAUGUAUUUCCACAAUCCAUUUUGUUUUGUAUCUAAUGCAUAGAGGUUACUAUUAGUAAGCCACUCCUAGCUGAUAGAGGAGGUCAACGUUGGAGAGAAGUUGAUUUCUGAAAGUGAAAAAGCCUUGGUGGACAUACUAGACUGAGGAAACAAGAAUAGAUAGCAAUUACAAAUAUGACAGAUAUUCAUUGUCUGUAGAAAUGAGGAGAUAUUAAUUGCUGAAACACAGAAGGUAAUUAGAACUACUGUCUGCAUUGUAUUUGUGUCAGCAACAUAAACAUUCCUGACAGGUGGUAUUAUAUAAGAAAAAUUGAACUUAUCAAAACAAUCCCAAACGAGGAAACAGAUUGAUUCCCGUCGUAGAGAAGUCCUCCUUUGUUGCUGACAUGAUUGUAAUGGUAGGGACUGGACAGCAUAGGAGGUGUGCUAGCAUACGUUGCUAAACUCAUGAAAUGCAAAAGCACCAUAAAUAGCAAUCUUGGGGUGUUGGAAUUCAUCUACUUCACUGGCCAAAGGAGGAAUAAACUUGAGCUUGGUACUCGCUGAUAUAUAGGCAGGCUAUUUAUGAACAAGUAACCAGUACACCCACACACAGAGUGACCUGGUUGACAGGUAGGCUUUAUUACCAGUUUAUGUAAUCAGCAGCAGCAAAGCUUUGCUGGGACAUUAUCACGUCAGGCUUCCAAGUGUGGCAUGUAUAUGGGAUCUUUGUAAAAGCUCACUGUACCUAGAAAAAUGCAUGUAAGGGGGAAGGCUAGGCUGCAUGGUUUGAUUAUCUGCAUGGUUUGAUGAACUGUCUGCUAUUCUAAUCACCUCAUAAACACCAUAGUAUGCAAUAGAAGAAACUGAAACAGAAGAAUUGCAAUUUGGCUUUGAUGGUUCCUCCAGCGCUGAAGCUGUGUGAAUUGAGGGCCAUAAUGUUUCCAUUGUGCAGUGAAAACCUAAGCAUGCUGAAUCAGAAGUAAGCUCUGUUUUUGUUUUUAUUACGUAUUUUGUUUUGUUUUUUAUUGCAAUUUUAUGCUGUGAACUGCAGCAUACGGGUAUAGGGUGGUAUACAAAUUGUGAUGAUGAUAAUAAUAAGUGGUGCUUACUUCUUAGUACUACUUACUACUUAGUAAGUUUGUAGUACUUAUUACUACUUAGUGUUACUUACUACACAGUAAGUUUACUUAGGAUUGCAGCUUUCAUGCUGAAUAGUACUAAAUUUUGUAAUUAAUUAGAUUUUUAAAUUAAUACAUACAAAAUUUUCCUAAAUCUACACACAAACACAGCUAUACAGUGGUACCUCAGGUUACAUACGCUUCAGGUUACAGACUCCGCUAACCCAGAAAUAGUGCUUCAGGUUAAGAACUUUGCUUCAGGAUGAGAACAGAAAUCGGGCUUCAGCGGCACGGCAGCAGCAGGAGGCCCCAUUAGCUAAAGUGGUGCUUCAGGUUAAGAACAGUUUCAGGUUAAGAAUGGACCUCCGGAACGAAUUAAGUACUUAACCUGAGGUACCACUGUACACAUAUGUAUGUCAUACCUGCUAAGAGAGAGUAUGGCUCAAUGAUAGAGCACAUGCUUUGUAUUUAGAAUCCCUUAUUUCAAUCCCUUGUGUUAGGGAAGGCAAAACUCCAAGAGACACUGCUAGUAGAGCAGACCAUACUGGGCUAGAUGGGCAAACAGUCUGAUGGUGUUAGGCAACUUCCUAGAUUCCUAUCCAGCCACAAAAGUUUUUAGAUAUACUGUACUGUACUUGCUGGCAUUUGUAACCAAAAAUACAUUGAGACAUAGAAACAUUAAUACAUUGAGACAUAGAAACACUUAACAAUAGUGAGAGAGACCUGGUCCUUCCUCUGGCAUGCACAGAGGGUUGGGGGCAGGAGGGUUCAGUGCAACUACAAAUAAUUGCCAUCAAAUAAGCCAGGACAAAUUUGUGGACCUCUGUCUUCAGGUCAUGUUUUCAUGCAGUCAGGAAUCACAUCCAAACUACAACAAAUACAGUAUCUCUCUUUAUAAUAUUUAGUCAACACAUGCUGGGAUUUGGUUGGUGAUCUGACACCCCCUUUGGUUUCCUGAGCCACUUUCGAUACAGGUGUGGUGAUAGUAAAACUAGUUGUCUUGGGAGCUAAAGUAACUCCCAGACUAUCCCAGGACGUUCUAUAAUCUCUGGAUGUUGGAGGGAUGAAAUGAAGACACAGCAAAAGCGAGGAAGGAUGCAGAUGUUUAACUUUCCACCAGGGGUCCUCCUGGCUGGAAUGGUUUGUUUACAUGUAGAAAGGUUUAAAGUCCUCUUAAAUUCCUUCCUUUCUAGAUGAUGCUACCUAUUUUUACAAAGUCCUACAUUUACUUGUAUUUAAUUUUAAUCCCACCUUUCCUCAAAAUUUUUACCUUCAUCUUAGAUUUAUGGCUAACGAAAAUCCUUUCAGGCUAGAUAUGCAGAAAUGAGACUUAAACUUCAUACAGAAGACUAGUAAUGAAGGUGUUUUCAUGCUAUUGUAUUAUGAAAACUGAUAAUCCACUUCUGUUUGUAUACUGUAGAUCACUAAAUGUUGCACUGGAGGCACAAUGUUGUCAUUUUUGUUGUUGCUGCUAUGGAAUGACUUCAUUGUAGCUUGAAAGAACUGACAUUUUACCAUGCUAAAAGGGAUGUGUGAAUUGGCCUUCUAAUUUAUUAGUACUGAUAUUAUGCAGCGUUCCCUUAGUGCUUGAUACCACACAUUCCAUGCUUGGAACACAGGGUGAAUAUUGUCUUACCUUAUUUACAAUAUUCUGGUUGUUUAAACACUCUCUUUACAAUAAAAGAACAAAAAUCUUGAGUUUGCAAAUAGGAAAAUAACAGUGAUUUACUGUUUUAGGGGAUUAGUGUUCUCAGUUUUAUUGAAAGUUACUGUGGACAUAGAAGGCCCGCUUUUGUUAAGCUGCUGCUGGAAAUCUGGUAAGAGUUAAAGAGCUAAGAAUUACAAGAUAUGACAGCAUUAUGUAAUUAUUUUUAGUUUAUCAUCCCUUAUGUAAGUGCUUGCGGGCUAUGUAUUCUCACUUGUGUCAUUAACAUGUUCAUUAGUUAGAGGUGGAAAGAGUGAGAGAGCCAUUAGAGAAGAAUUGUAGUUAAGAUUUCAUUUGCGGUAUGGAGCUGUGGCAGGAAGUGCUUGGGUUGCAGAAAGCAUUAUUAAUAAAAAGAAACAUAUUUGGCAUUUUAUUGCAAAUCCAGUCCCUUUGAGCGGAGAGAGAAAAGGUUAGCCAUCUUCUUCAGCUCUGAAUUGGUUUGCAGUGCCUGCUUCUGAUAGCUUUUAUCUUCUGGAGUAAUUUCCUUGACCAUUCUAGUUCCCGGCACAGUUUACCUUUAUCAUGGAUAUAUACCACAGUCUUAAUUUGUAAGCUCAUUAUAACAUCCUUCCAUGUGGCAAGGAGAGUUUUACCACAUCCUUGGGCUUCACCAGAAAGCAAGGGCUUCAGAGAACUGAUAAAAUCCUGCUCACCAUUUGACUGGAUACUGUGGCAUUUCCUGUGGAUUUGUACCUAAUUCUAGUAAACUACCACUCGCUAAAUGGUAAUCUGUAUUCACCUUCCACCCAAGUCAUCCAAGUUUGCAACAUUCCUGCAAAGGGCAAGGAUUCCUAUGGUGAAAAGGGACUCCCGCCGCCUUUGCGCACAGGUAUUUGCACGAAGAGGAGGCAUUGUGGACAUCUUGACAGCUGGCCCACGGCAUGCUUAUUAGUUGCUCCUUUACUGUCCACUCCACUUCCUCAUCUUCCCAGCCAUCUUUCUUCCCUUCUGCAAGCGCCAAACCCUGUCCCUUCACUGAGCCCCAGCCUCUCCAGAUUAGAGCUCUCCAGGGACCUUGUCUUUUGAAAAGAGGAAAGAAAGGGAAAAAAGGGAGGGAAAAAGAAAGAAAGAGAGGGAACAGAAGAAUGAAAACAGACCCAAGGGGCAAUAGUCCCUCGAGCCAUCUCACUGCAUUACAAUGAAUAUGGACUCUAUUAAGCUCCGUUCUGCCUGUUAGCGUUUCCCAGGGCAACACAGCUCCCAUAUGGCAAGCAUGCAGCAGAUUAGCGUAGGCCUCUAGGCCUCAUUGAAGACCUGAGGCUUGACUGGCAGUUGAACUCCCUCCCCCCUUCUCCUCACACUUGACACUGCCUGUGUUUAUCUAAAGCGGGGUGGGGGGGUGCAUUUGGAAGGUUAUUGUCCGGGGCAAUGAGAGAUAGGAGAGGGAAUAACUGAGCCAAGCUGGGAAGGAAGAAGGAACAUGGGAGGGAGUGGGGCUGGCUGGCCAAAGGAGGGAAAGAGGGAGGUGAGAAGGGAGCAAAAGGAGAUAGGAAGGAGGGAAGGUUGGGAGGGGGAUGGCAAAACACUUCAUAAAUAUUCAGGAAGGAUGCUGAAUAGGGAGAGGAGAAAUAAAGCAGAUGGAAUUCAUGUUAAAGAACAGCCACAAUCACCCUCCAAAAACAAGAAAAGAAAAGAGAACUGCUUUAAAGGAGCAUAGGGAACGACGUUUAUCCAAUUAGCAGGGUUGUCAAAUUGAAUUUAUACAGAAUUGAAGGGGGGGGAGAGGAGUGAAAAUUAAGUGUGUGGGGUUGGGUGGGGGGAGAAAUAUAUAGAAGAAAGGAAGUGCAUCUCCCCCCCCCCUUCCCACUCUAGUAAGGAGAUUUUAUCCUUUAUAGGGCUAAGGCAGUUUCCAGAGUGUGUGGAAGGCGGGCAACGCAAGGCGUAAACUGACUAUUCCACUUUACUGUGAUGUUCUCACUUUGGAUAAGAGGGUAGAAAGAAGUAACAGAAAUGAAGCAUGAUGCAAGAACGCCAGCAUUGCUUUUGAUUAAGGCCGCUUUGUACCUGAGAACGCUAUGAAUUUGGGACUGGGAUAUUAAGUAUAUUAGAUUAUCAGCGGAAGUCCCCUAUCAUACACAAUUGUGAUAGGCAAUUGUCACUUUAGCUGGUGACAUUGGUUUCUGGGUUGCAAGAGAGAGUUCACGUGCCAUAAUUACUUCAGUCCUUAGUCUAUAAGCAAGGGUCUCAGUGGUAGAGUUGCAUGAUGGUUCUAAAUGCUUUCAGUGGCAGUUCACUGAUAACUGUCUAAUUUUCUUGUAGACCAUCAAAACAGCUAGAGAAGAUUUGAUUAUAUGAAUAUAUGUGUGUUAAUACAGAUCCACUGACUAACAUUGAAACAUAAUUUUUCUGCUUUUUAUCACUUGGUCAAAUGGGCAACCUAAUCUGUAAAUUUCCAGGGCUGUGGGUAGCCACAUUAAUCUGUUGCAACAAAAUCAACAAAGACCCUUGUGACAUGUUAAAGACUAACAAAUGUCAUCAUUGCAUAAGCAUUUGUAGGCUUCAUCAUGAAAGCUAAUGCCUUAAUAAAAUGUGUUAAGCCUUUAAAGUGCUACAAAACUCUUGGCUGUUUAUUCUCAUAGAAAUGUAUGUCUUUGAUUUGUGAUUGUGCAAUACAGUACAGUAGGUGUGAAGACCUGGGAAAAAUAAGAGUUUCCACCUGUUGUUGUUUUUUAACACCUGAGCUUUCACAUCUCAUUCUUCCCCUCCUUCAUCGUUACUUUUUACAUUUUGUCCUACAAUACCCACCAAAUUCAAGAAUUGUUAACAAUAGCAGUAUGCAUUCAUGGUCUAUCUAUAAAGCACAGAAAACCCCAAAAUUAUAUUUUUAUUCAAAAGUCAGUUAUGUGAAAGAAUACAGCAAUACCUAUUCAUUGAACAGCUGUUGUCAAAAGCCCUAUUUUGGGUGUUCUUCGUCAUGCAAUUAUAGUUCCGUGAGGAGUGUCAGUGGGCCACACUAGAUGGCUCUGACCCUACUGUUGUGUCCCCUUCAUCACCUUCCACACAUUGGAGGGUGGGGGAAACUGAAUUGGGGAGGCUGCUCUAUGUGUUUAGGCUCACUCCAUGAUUCAGAACUCUGCUUGGGCAGAUGCCCUACACCAGACCUUCCCACUUCAGUGUGUGGAAGGUGGUGAGGGGAUCAUGAUGGAGGGGCAGGGCCAACAAAUGUUGUCCCACUUUUCCUCUCACUCAGCAGUAAUUGCAGAAGGGAGAACACCUGAAUAGGGCUUAAGUUUCAGGGAGUUCUCUAAAUGUCAUAAACCUUGAGCUUUCACUAAGAAGGAUUCACAUUGUACUACUCACAAGCUGUGCACACACCAUGCCUUUAAAGCACAUUUAAGGCAUGUUUCCCCUCCCCCAAAGAAUCAUGGGAACUAUAAUUUGUUAAGGGUGCUGGAAACUAUAACUCUAUGUAGCGUAAACUACAAUUCUCAGGAUUCUCAUGGGGGGCGGGGGCAAAAUGUGCUUCAAAGGUAUUGUGUGUAUGCAGCCACGGUCUCACCUCUAUGGGAGAAACCAUAAGUAGCAAUUCAACAGCUAGUCUUAAUGUGGUCAGUUAAUGAGCUAUUCCAUAAGUAUUUGUGUCACUAUUCUGUGUGGGUUUACUUGACCUAUGGUCAUGACUUAUUGUCCUUAACAUAUAUGAAAAUGUAUGUGUUACUGAGAUCGAUGAGCUAAUUUUUUUUCAAAUAUUGUACAUUAUUUUGUUCUUUUAAAAAAUUGCCCCCUGCUUUCUCCCUUCACAAAUGAGUUGCUUUUCUAUUUAGAGUUCAUAGAGUUCAUAGAAGAAAGCAUAAAAGUAAUAGUGAUCUAACCAUUAAAACAAAAAAUGAAAUUAAGCCUGUAAUCUGAGUUGACUUGCAAGUGACCUACUGUAAAUCUUGUCUUGCCGGUAAUUGCUUAUCUUAAUUACAAUGAGCAAUGAUGCAGACUAAUUGUUUUGUAUACCUGUAGACAAAACUAAUUCAUGCAAACAAAAAAUAAUUAGAGAUUACUAUAUUCAGAUCAAGAGGAAAGCCUAAAAUGUCCAUUUUAUGAGGUCUGAUGUUCACAACAUUUAAAUUGUGUAUUUAGCUUGGCUUUCCUGUUUCUAAAAUCAGCCUUCAAGAGUGGCGUAUCUAGGGCUGAUGUUAUAAACUGGUCUGCCACCUCAGAUUCCUUGUAAAUGUCACCAAAGUGGAGAAGAUUAAUGGAUUGGUUUACAUCCUUGGCCUGCACUUUUUUAAAAGCUUUCUUCUCUAUCAUUUUUCAGCCCUCAGAAAUGGGCUGAGAGCACAUGACUAAUUGUGGGCAUGCCUUCUCUGCAGGAUCCUGCUGCUGAUUGGCCUCUAUGACAAGAAUGGGACAUCAUUUCUGGUUGGGUUUUUUUUAUCAAUCCAGCCCAAUACAUGGUCAAUAUGGAACAUAGUUCAACUUCGUAAAUAGAUUCUCUUUGGUACCUGACAACAGGAGCAAAAGUGGCAGAGUCAAGACUAUCUUGUUUGGCAGCCCUUUUAAAACCUAGACUUUCCUAAUAGAAGUGUUGCAAUGUCUGCUUAUUUUCCUGCACAAUAAAAUACAUAACUCAUGCACAUCUUACAUCUUUUCUCAGCUUAAGUAGUGCAAAGGUGAGCAAGAUAUUAACAGUUAAAAGGAGUAGUCAUUCUUCUUCCCCCAUGCCAUAGCCUUGAAGUGUUUCUUUAUUUGUUUCCAUCUAAAUUGUACCUAUGACUAAGCAGGGGCAAAAACUGAAAAGUACAGACUCUUGGUUGUGUUUUAUACAGUGGGAUCAUAUCCUUAUUUACUCAUAAAUUCAGUGGGAAUUACUACCAAAUCACUUCUCAUAGCAUCACAGGCCAGUUCACUCAGCUUGUAGAACUUUGAUACGUCAAUCCCUUUGACUGAAGACCUGGCAGAAUUGCAGUUGCCCUUAGACAGGAAACCACCUUACAGGCUUUGACAAUUCUGCCUGCCUGCCUGAGUUCCCUUUUCAUUUCUCCUUUCCCCAAACACCUUCUCCCUUCCCCCAUUGUCCUUCAUCCAUUCCUCAAGUUGCAGCAAAAGGCUUGCUCAUGCCCAGCAGCUGAAACACGGGCUGUUUUUCAUUUAGGACCCUCCUCAUAAAUUUCAGAUGGUGUGGUAGUAACAAGAAUUGCUUGGCUGGCCCUUAUUUAAGCAGCAGGGGGUCUGGAGCUGCAGGCAGCAUUUCCUCAAUAAAACCUUCAGAUUCUAAUCAACAAACACCUCUGUAUCUGCCAAUGUUACUAUUAUAGGACUCCCUCAAUCUUCCUUUGUCUCUUCCUCCAUCCCUCUUCUUGUUCUCCGCAGUGUAUACAGAUUUUUUCCACAUAUACACACUUUUGAGCAGCAUGGGGAUAGGUAACACUGAUGAUAUUAGCUUUUACACCUCAUGCAUCUGAUUCUCCCCCUCCUUAAUCUCUGCCAAUAGUGUAGUCGUUGAUUUAAUGAAAGUGACUUCCAUGCCCCCAGUCCACGGACAGGAAAUUGUUUUUAACCUGAAGGGAAAUAAUUUAUAAAAACAAAGUUCUUACUUUUCAUUUCCUCUAAUCCAUUGUCCCUGUUGCACCUUUACUGGUGGGAUAAUGAAGGAUGCAGUCCAGUCAAAGUUGAGAAUUUUAAAUUGAUUGAAUUCCAUUGAUUGAAUGGAAGAGUGAAGCAUGGGCUUAUAUCUCUUCCCUUGGAGUUAAAAAUGACUUUAAAAUGCUUUACUUUGACAGUACCAUGCUCAAAGUAAAGUCUAAAUCUAAUUUGACACUGCCUUUGAAGUCAGUGGGGUGAGGAUUCUAGCCUGAGUCUGGAUGCAUUUAUAUUGGUCUGGUUUUAUUUUAUUUUAAAAUUCCUUACUCCGGUAUGUGAGCACUGUGUCUAUAUAGUAUCUGGUGUAUCCUUGUGUGACAGUUUUCUGUGUCUCCUUUUUUUUACCAUAAUUUCUCCCCAAAAAGCUUUUCUUUUCCUGUUUUUUUUCUCUGUAUUGUAUCUGUUUGUAUUAAGAAGAGCCCAGGGGCUGAGGAAAUCUAUUCAUUUGUCUUUCUGUUUAAACCAAAAUAUUUUUUAUAACCACAGCCAAGUAAAGAGGUAACAGAACUUGGCAAACAAACUAUUUAAGCUGCACUUGAUUGGACGUGUUCUUAUUUUAUGUCCUAAAAAUAUCCGUAAUAGCACAUUAGUUCACUGCGAUGUUUCAUUUGUGGUGGAUAGAGUUUAUACAAUGGGAGCUAAGCAGGACUGUGUUGUUCACAUAUUAAUUUUACUACAAAUGAAAGAUCCACUGCAAGGGAGUGUGUGGUGGUGGUGAAAAACAGUCAUAUUGAUCACUACCAUGAGUGCAAUGUGAACAGUGCUUAUGUUCUUCCACUGAAUGCUUAAGUACAGUUGCAGCUUGGUACAUUGACAAUCCAUAGGCUUCUAUGUGCUUAGUUUACAUGAAUUUGUUGUUCCAAGGGGCAAUUACUGCUGCUAACUUCAAGUAACCAAUAGUCCACUUGUUUAAAUACUCAUCAUUUUUAUCAUACACUGCUAUUUGCAGUAUAAUUGUGGCAGUUUUCUUGACCCUCUGGCUAUGAGACCUUCUGGAUCUUGUACUGAACCAUUUAUUGAUUUGCCGACAUCAGAGAAGAUACAUGUGCAUUGUGCUGCAUUCAUGUUUAUGACUUCCUCUUGUAAACGGUCCUUGCAAAAGAGGCGAUAAGAUCUGAACCACCUAGUUUCUUCACCUCAAGCUGCCUUCAUGGCAAGAUGGAAUGCCGCCUUCACUUAUUAGGGUUAAGAGGCACAACUAUCCAUGUUUGCCUUUAAAUUUGUGAUUCCAUCCUCUGAGGACUAAAUGCUGACUCUGGGUGUUGAUGUGUGUCAAAAAAACUACCGGUAUUCUCUUGACUCUUGACUAACCUACUAUUUUAUCUCUUAUCUCCCUGUCAUCCAGGGCACCUCACAAAGCUGAAUUUCCACCCUUAAGUCCUCUGGGGCAGCUUAUGGGAACUUCACUUGGCAUCUUUUGCUCCAGACUCCUCUGCAUGGGAUGGCCAUGAUAUCAGAGGGGGAAAGACCAAUGACUGCUAUCAUCUGUUUGCUCUUGGCAUCUGCUGGUUGCAUUGCAAAUUUGGGUGAGUGUCCGUCCCCCCCAUUUCCCCCUAAUAAAUGUUUAGGGAAGCUUUUAAUGUUUGAUGUAUUACAGUAUUUUAAUAUUUUUUUGGAAGCCGCCCAGAGUGGCUGGGGAAGCCCAGCCAGAUGGGCGGGGUAUAAAUAAUAAUAAUAAUAAUAAUAAGUAUUAUUAUUAUUAUUAUUAUUAUUAUUAAGCUGCUUCAUUUUCAAGGACUCAACUUUAUUUCCAUUUUGCUUAUGGGAUUGGUCCUACUUCUCAACUUUCAAAUGCUGCCCUCCCUUUAAUCUUUUUCUGUAGCCUUAUUUUCAGCCACUUAGGACUGCUUUCAAAUCAAGUCAACAUUUGAGAAUCAUUGCUCAGUCAUGAAAUUUGCUGCUCACCUGGAGUGAGUAGCAAUUGCCUAUGGGUGAGCAGCCAAAUGGCAAACUCACCUAAUUCCAGAAGUUGUAUACCUUUAACCAUGAAGUGAUGGGGACAAAAUAACAGAGGAGGCCUUUCUUGCUUUAUGAGAUUUCCAGGACUACGGUAUAUGCCUGUUAAAAACAGAAUGUUGUCCUUUGAUCUGUUUCAGCAAGACAGUUUUUACAUUCCACUUUGUACUGCUUUUUUACUUAGUCACCGUAGGACAGUACUUUGCUUCUCUCACUAUGGAAGCAGAGUAUUACAGAUGUGCUCUGUGUGUACUGUCUCUCUUGAAGUAGAGGGCAGGACAGAGAGAGAGAAGGCAGCUAGAAUACUGUGCGGUGGAACAUGCCUUUACUUACAUAUAAAGCCGCACUAACAGCAUGGUGCCCUUGUUGAGACUGAAGAUCUAUAUCCCUAAGGUGAAGUCUCAACAGUUGAAUGUGAUGUAUUCUUAUGAUCUUAGUAAUAAGUAACCAACCACUAAAUGCCAAUAGCCUUCAACCUGUGGUAUCACCUUGUUCCAUUUUUAUUGAAUUCUGCUCAGAAUGGUUAAUGCAUGACAAGCCUAAACAAUGUGAAUGUGAUUAUAAUGUAGAUAGCUGGUACCUCCAGUUUAGUAGAUCUACCUCCGUUUUGUAAACCAGUGUUCAUGAGGAUUUCUCAACUGUCCUCCUUUUUCAGGUCAAUCUCGUCAGGUCACCGUGCAGCCUGCUUCUGUGGUCCAGAAGUAUGGUGGCUUGGUCAGCUUGAGGUGUGUGGUCGAGCCCUUGACUGUAAAUGUGUCCUGGAGACUAAACGGAAAGGAGCUGCUUCACUCAGAUGACAUCCUGGGGAUCCAUAUUGAUCAGAGGUUGCUUACCGUGGCUUCCUUAAACAACGACACAGUGGGCCGGUACCAGUGCAUAGCCCGUGUGCCUGAAGGUGUUGUUGCCAGUGUUCCAGCCAUGGUAACAUUAGCUAGUGAGUAGCUUUGCUUCUUUUCCUCAAUGUACAACACAUUGUCUUUAGUUGCCUGAUUCAGUGUUAAUCAGAUGAUCUAAGCAUCCUUCAUUCUCAGACAUAGGAUAUAUUUUGGAUGUGAAUGCUGGCCUCAUGCUGGGUUAGCACUGUUACACAUAUGCUUCGCAACAAGCCUCAAGAGCACCUUGUCUGACCUCAAAUAGGCACUCCCACAAAUAGGACUAAGUAUUAUACUCAGAUUGGGAUGCUGGCAUUGUUUAAGAGUCAAGAGUUCUAACAUGGCAAGCCCACAAGGUAAAUGCUAUUAUGUGUAUGAGUCAUAGGACAGAACUGCCUAGUAACCUGUCUUGACUAGUAUCAGGAGGGUUCCCUCUUCAGGGCACCACAGGGCGUGGAGGGAAAUAGAGAAAGGAGAUAAUGCCUCUAAAAGAUUGAAGGAGAUACAUUUGUGCAAAACAGGGGCUGGUUUUGUUUCAAAGCCAAGAAUUAUUGGCUUGUCAUCAAGAUAUUAAUCAGAAGUGAAAUGUUUAGGUUGGGCCGGGUUAGAAAAGGAGAAUGGAACAGCAGCUCCAAGGCUCCAUGGGAGGGGUCUGCCAUUGGGUUGAAGCCUUUUGGGGAUUUGGAGUGAGCUCUGCAGUUAGAUUAAGUUUCGGAGAGUGCAUUCCAGAGCAGAAUGGGGGCUGUGUUUUGCUUGUGGGCUCAUAGAGGAGGGGAGUGAAAAGGUGGAUGAGAUUACUCAGAGCAUGGUUUGCAUUUAACAGGGACUGGGAAAGUGCUGCUUGCUCAGCCUCUUAGCACAGUUGUUUUGCUUAUGGGCCUUUCUAGUGUUCCCUCAAAUGUUUUUUAUUUGGACAAAGCAGUCAUUGUUCAGCCUACCUGGCUGAUGGCUAUCCAUUCCAGCCUCAGUGAAUGAGGGGAGUCAGGCUUCCACAGCAGAGCUUCUAGUAAAUCUCCUUGAAUGUCCAUAAAAUCUGGUCCACAGAUCCAGCUUGCUUUUGUAAACUGUUGCUGUUGAAAUAAAACAGUUUUAAUUAAAACUAAGAAGACAGCGACGUUAGCUAGUGAUGUUACAUCACAAAAAGGCCAUUUACAAUAUUCACUUUCAGAAGUAGCUAUAGUUGGGAAUAAUAUUUGAUUAUUAAAUAAUCUUGUAUGCAAAAACUAAAUGAGGCUGGUAUAUUUCAGCACAAUGUAUGCUGUUUGCUAAUAAUAAAUGUAGACUGUGAAAAUAAUAUGGAAAAAGACCCAGAACGCAUAUUUUCCUAGAUUCCAUGUGAAAUAGUUAAAUUAGGAAUGUGUGCUAUUAGAGAAAAAUGGAGAAAAGUAACAACCAAGAACGUGAUGUCAGAUGUCCAGAUUCAAAGUUUCCAGUGUACACAGAUGAGGAAGUAACACCUGUUUUUCUAGAGCUUAUGUGAAUUGGAAACACAUAAAAUUUUCCACCAAGUCACUUUGAAUUUGAGCCCAUUGAUACAGGCUAAACUUCCAUACAUAUUUACUGGAAAACUCCAAGACUUGCCAAUCCAGCUUGCAUGCCACAUUUAUGGGAAACAAACCACAAACCUGGGUUCAGACAUCACCACAAGCCAUAUUCUAGUUGUUUCCCAGUAUUGGGCAGCAAUACUACCAGGAGAGGAGUGGAGUGAGAAUUUUUCAGCAGUGUGCACCAUCAUAACAUGGGCACCGAAGGAACCCCUACUAAAAUUAGGCUAGAGGCUUUGAUAACUGUCUGAAAUAACACUAAGGACAGAGUCACAUUAACUUGUUGGUGGACUUGUAGGGCCAACUGGAUUUCCCCCUUCUCUUCAGCCUGCUUAAAUUUGCACAUUGUUAGAUCAUGUGCCAUUUCAAACCAGGUUGACAGGAAAGAGUUGAUUCACUGUGUAACCAUAUUGCCAGUAUGCUUAUGUUGAGUUGUUAGUGAAGAUUCUGUAUGUUACAGGUUUUGAAUUACUGCCUUUAAAACAAUAGUUUAAUGUUAUCCUGAGUGUUUGUUCAUUUGUUGUUUUGCAUAAUACAAAAUUUGCUUAAAUAAAAGAUAAUCGCAAUAUUUUCUCUUUUGUGUAUGAAAGGAAGAGGCACAACUGGUAAUUUUAUUCCCUACAUAUAUGAAGUGAACACUGACAGACUGAAUACGAUAAGCUACAUAAUAUGCAAGAAGAUCUAUUAUGUCUUAUCAUUUGUAAACACAGAGAUAUUCAAAAGAUCUCUGUUCAAAAGAUGCCCAUCCAAUUUCUGUUGUAUGCUAGUUGCUGAACAUUUGCUCCACGUGCUGUUGAGAGAAGGCCAUGAACACAAAUAGGCAAAAUGCCUCUUAGAUAUUGAGAGAGCUGGACAGGUAGGCAGCAGAAAGGUGGGCUUAUGUGAUGCAAGGUUUAGUGGCAAAGUACAUGCUUUGCAUGCAAAAGGUUGCAUAUUCAGUCUCUGGUAUCUUUAAUUAGGGCUUGGAAAGAAUCCAGUCAGAAUCCUGGAGAGCCACUGUCACUGUAGACAAUUCUGAGAUAGAUGGACCAACAAUCUGACUUGGUAUAAGACAACUUCUUGUGUUCGUUCUUUCGGGGAAGGAUGCUCGAGUCAUUGAGACUAAAGGUGUAAAGGGAAAGAGCACUGGCCUCUGGCCUCAGCCCUCCAAGGGAAAGUGACACCUUGGAAAGGACAAGACUAGCCUAGCCCCAGCCAUCAACCAGAGAAUGAGUAGCUGCAAGAACCUGCUCUCCUGCACCAGGAGAAGGAAGCCUGCCAUGUCCCUUGGGAUUACACAAGUGAGGGAAAAGUCACCCUUAUCUCUGCCACUGGCCAGAGCAACAAGGGCUUGGUUUUGUUGCAAGCUGCCUUGGAAACUGUUAGUUUGAAAGGUGAAGUAUACGUCUGGAUGCAGAAGAUAGGCAAGGAGGGCAGUACCUUACAGGAACCCUGAGGAUGCCCUAGAACAGUAUGUGGUGGAGAAGUUUCAAAAAAAUUGAGGAGUCUGUUGGGGUUUAGCUGAGAAAGAAGUUGCAAUUCAAGCCCAAUGGAGGUAUUCAGAGUAGGCAUCUGGGCCCAUUGUGGAAAGAGAAGCAGAGGGACACAUAAAAAGAGAAAAGGGAUGUGGGCAGACAUCCCUGGUUGUCAAACAAAGAUGGAUCCAAGAGAAUCCUUAUUCAGGAUUCCUCCCCUCCUUUUAAAAAAAAAAAAAACCUCCUUUGGUUCUUGGAAGGUAUGUUAGAAACUAUAUCUCCGUCUCUUUGGUGACAGUUAAGGUUUCUUACGAGGUUUACACAUCGCCCUUCCUGUUUCCCAAAGGCACCAUGUCUGAAUGGGAUUAUCCCUGCCAAUAUUUUUGACAUGUUGGCAGCUGAACUUUAGCCUUGGGAUAUGCCUGCCUUUAGUGCAGAGAUGCUGAUUGACACCCUUGAGCUGGUCCCUGCUCAGGCUACUUUGGAGAACUAGUUGAGACUAGCAGUUAAUUCCUUUAGCAGAUUUUUUUAAACGUAGAGAUAAAUUGACUAUUGUUAUAUAGUCCUUGACAGAGGGAAGGAAAUGUGGAAAUGGUAGACUUGUUAAAGCAACAAUAGAGUUGCAGUUGCUCGUAUUAGCCAGUGAAUGUGCGCAGCCGCUCCCAAGCAAAGAUAAAUACAGGAAAAUAAUCUUCACACAUGGCAGUGUACAUCUUUUAUUUGUUGCAGUUAUAUUAUUCACGAAGGGAAAAUGUUGCACGUGAACUGGCAUUCUCCGAUAAAUGCUACCUGUUUCUGACUCUGAUGGUUGCAUAGGAAAUCCUGUGCACAAGGAUAGGGAUGCUUGAGAAAUUCAUUCGCUUCAUAUUCCAUAGUGAACUGACCUAAUCUGUACCCUCCUGACUAAUGCAACACUCUACAUUUGUUGUAUUCAGUGUUGCUUGAAUCCUAGUUGUUUUCUGCCUUUGAGCAAAAAUUGGAAUAAAAGACCCCCAAACUAAACACACAAAUGGAAUGCUAGAAGGGUUCGUUGUAGCCAAAGUACAGAAGGAUUCUCUCCAACAGUAUUUUCAGUGCAAUGUCCCUCCUUCCGAAAUGGAUCUUUUGCUACCUCCAGGUAGCUAGAUUGGGAAGAACCCUGUUUAAAACUGGCCAGAUUCACGUAACAAACCCUGUCAGCAGAAGCCCUGUGCAAGGACUUCCACUUGCACAGUGCGGGGGUCCAGCAAACUGCAAUGUUUGUGUGAAUGGAACGUUCAACACAGCACAAUGUUGAAUUUCAGCAUAUAAUUCUUAUCAGCAGACACCUCUCAAAACUGAAAUUGUGGCAAGAUGAGGCAAGAAAAAAUAUGAUAAAAAAUGUGGAAUUCAGUAAAUAUGUAACUAGCAUAUUUGCUAAUAUAAUGAAAGAGGACCAGUUUCAGCAUAAACAAGAACAGCUGGCUGUUCUAAUUAACACCAGGUGAACUUAGCAUUGUAUAUGAAGAAUUCAAAGAAGAAGAAGAGGCAGUCUGCUUUGUAAACAAAAUUCUCUUGCGUAUUAACUAAAAAAUCUACAGUUUUGUGAAGCAUCCUUCGUUUUCAUUUGUAUGCUCCAUUCUGAAUAUUAAGCUAUCAAAGCAGUCUUCAGCUGGAGCUGGACACCUGGGUGUUAGCUUUUUGCAAAGUGGCAGUGGGCAGUGACCCUUGCACAGAGGCAUCUUUGGGGACCUGGGGGCAUUUGCAGCUGUCUUUUCAACAACAAAAAACCUCAUUUUUCAUUUUGCUUCUGUCAGGGCCUCUAAUCUGAUAAGUCCCUUGAUACAGCUGUUGGCUCCAUGUUGAAAAGCCAUUUUCACCCUCUAAGAACUUCCAGGGUAGAAUUACAGCGAGGGAGAGAAGGAAAUGAAAACAUAGGACUGUUCCUGGAUUUAUAUAAUGGUGAUAGUAGACGUGUGAGGAGAUAAAUGGAAUAUGUGAUACACAAGUUUGGAAGGCUGGAUAGGAUAUGUAUAUAUGCAAGGUAGGGAAGGAUGUCUGAAAGAUGUGUGGCGGCUAUGCACAUCUUUGCAUAUGGGGAUGUUGGUUUACAGUAGAGAGCGGGGGAGAGGCUGCAUAUAUACAAGUACACGUAAAGUACAUUUGUGACAGUGGCACAGGAACACAGCAGCUGAGAACAGAAGAAGGAUAUAUUUUAGGUAUGUAAGAAAGGUGGAGAUAAUGGAACUGUGAACUUACACAGGGUGGAAUUCAACAUCUUGCUAAGGUGAUCAUCCCAUCAGUGCAAGCAUUUCUGUUUGCCAAAUGGGAAGAUCUCCCCUCUCCUCCCUGACAUGCUGUUCUGGGAGUCUUCUUACAGAUUUGAGGAGGGCUCAGAGAAGGGGUGGAAGUCUUGUUGCAGUAGAGCAGGACUGUCCAACUUCCAAGAGACUGCGAUCUACAACCACUAUAAAAAAAACUUAGGGAAACCAAGGUUGUUCAGCUUUUUUUAGGGAAGCCAAAGUUGUUCAGCUUUUUUUCUUUUUGGGGGCGGAGGAGGAUCCCACGAUUGACCAGGGGCAUCUCGCAAUCGACCAGUAGAUCACCAUCAACCUGUUGGACAGCCCUGCACUAGAGGGUCUCUGUGAUCACUUCCAUUGCAUAAUGACUUAGCAGAAUCUGGCCCAUGAUGUUUUGUGGGCGUAUCAAGAGUCCCAGUCUCCUAGUUCAAGGCACCAGUCUCUGUGCUGGUUGCUGCUGGGCUAUAUGGACUUGUAGGACCAGCAUGAUUGCACAACCGCUGUCACACCAAAACAGCAACAGUCAGUUUAAACAUCUGCAGUAGGACGUGGCUCUUCUCUCAGAUAUUCUUUGUUCUACAGUAUUAUAACCAUUUCAACUCAAAGAGGUUUGCUUACGUUGUAUAUGAAGUGAGUUAGCAAUGCAGCCAGAGUUUAAUGGAAGCCAGGCAAAGUGCUCCACCAUUCUGUAUUCCUGUAUCUUAAAUGUGGAUUACCAGUGAAACAUAUCAUUUUCUGCUUUGCAUUAAAAGAGGCUUUUAGUCAUUUUCUUUUCCUGAACUUGCAUCUUUCCACAGUAAUCCUUUGCUGAAUUUGAUGUAAUAAUAUAUUUGGAGAUUUGGUGAUUUUAUUUAUUUUUAAUUUAUUUCCCCCCAGGAGCACUUCUUUCUGUCUAGUACAUUUUCUUCUGCCUAAUGUUAUCCAUCGUAGGAUUUGAGUCCUUCAGAAACUGGGGACAAACUUACGGGGGAUUUGCAAAAAUCACCAAAUUUGGGCAAGAUGGAUGGCAACUAACUAAGUAAAGAACAGUGCCAGUUUAAAGCAAUAUGUUAUCUGGGACCGAAGGCAAACUUGACAGCAGAUGUUCUUAAUUUUACAUUUCAGUUCAGUUUAAGAGCUCCUUGGCUUCUUAUAUAUAGAACACAGAUUUCAAGUUCCAAGCAACAUCAGUGUAGUGGCUGGCAGUUUUUCUUUACGAUUGCUCUGUUUUACUCCAAAGCUCGUAAUAACACACUAGGCCUUUUUGUUGUAUAUCUGUUUUCUUCACUUUGGCUUCUCCCCCUCCUCCUCCUCCUCCUCCUCCUCCUCCUCUUCUUCUUCUUCUUCUUCUUCUUCUUUGCAAAACCAAACAAAAAUCCUGAAGCUGAGUUGUAAAGUCUCUUGCCAAUAUGCAGUAGUAAUUACAGGCAGUUUUAUCUUCUAGCUAAAGUGUGGGAAACUGGGUAUGGCAGGUGGGCAAGAUAUUGAUCUACCCCCCCCCAACCCCCACAAACUAUUUUGAUAGGUAGGCCACCUAUCCAGCACCUAACAUCCCCUAGAUGCAAGGUAAAAUGUUUUUCUUCAGCCUAUAUAGUUUGGAAUUGUAUUGGGCAAAGGCUCAGGAUUUUUUGGGGUUUUCUAUCUUAAAAUUACAGGUGCAGUGAAGGCUAGACUCCGUCAUACAACUCUUCCAAAAAAAAAGUGGAGCUGUUGCUAUAAUUUACUGUGACCCUGUUUGCACGGCACAUUAGAUCAUAGUUUGUUUUUUAUGUAUAGUUCAAUAUGAAUCCAGAGUGGGCUAGUGCAUACUGCUGGAACGUUCUUCCUCUGCUCCCCUGCUACUGUGCUGUAUGUAAAUAAGCCAGAGUCUGGCUUGUUGUGACGUCCAAACCCAUGCUUGUGUUUUGUUUUUCUCCAAACAAACUAUGAAUAGUAACCAAGCUUUGUUCUUGACUUACUGCUUGUAGUCUGUUUAGGAGAUAUAAACCAUGAUACUGGGUUUGGCCACUUCGACAAGCCAGACAGUGGCUUGUUUUCCCUCUUGUGCUGCAAUGUGCAGAGCAGAGUCCACUUAAAGCAUUCAUGUUGCUGUGUGUACACAUUAAGCCAUAAUUUUCUCUCAACUUUGGUUUUAAGUGUGAACCAGGCCUAUACAAUUACAACUUGCUUUCUCAAGAGACAGUUGAAGGCCAAGAGGACAGAGCGUUAGACAUAGACCUGUGCUUGUUUCGUACAUUACAAACUCUGCAUGAUGUAGCUGGCAAAUCUUGAAUGUGUGAAUAUCCCUGUUACGCCAUAUUACUGUUUAAAGAUGCAGGCAUACUCUACCAAGUUGCACUAGUACAGUAGUAGCUCAGGUUAAGAACUUAAUUCGUUCCGGAUGUCCGUUCUUAACCUGAAACUGUUCUUUAUCUGAGGUACCACUUUAGCUAAUGGGGCCUCUCGCUGCCGCCGUGCCACCAGCACGCAAUUUCUGUUCUCAUCCUGAAGCAAAGUUCUUAACCCGAGGUACUAUUUCUGGGUUAGCGGAGUCUGUAACCUGAAGUGUCUGUAACCCGAGGUACCACUGUAUUAUAAAAGUGACAGAAUAUUGAUGAGGAAAUCUGAUCUUCCUAUAGAUCAGAGAUUAAUUUUCUCUGUUUUCCUGUUGGGGAAUUUGAGGGCAUGGUGAAAAUAAAGUGACAUAAGUAAAAAAGGUAGCAAAGAUGUAAAUGCAUUUCAGAAGAUAAGUCAUGGUUCUUUUUUAUUAUGAAAAAGCCAUUCUUACCCUUGUGAAACUGAGCUUGGGUUGCUUCUUCCUUCUACAAGCAAACCUUGUAAAAGCAGAAAAUGUUUUAUAUUCCAUCUGCAAAGAAAGUUGUUCCCCAGUGGCUUGGCUUGCAGAAGUGUUGGGCUGUUCUUUCUCUGCUCAUUGGCUGAGACGACUUUGGCUGUUUUUUGUUUAAAGCUCUGGAUCUGCUUUUGUGCACACAUAUCCUUUGCCAGUAAUUUUGGAGCCUUUGCCUUGGCUCUGGGAUUCAAAAAUGGCUGUGAUGAAUUUGGACCACCAGGAUGCACAUUAAUUUUUCCUGAUUCUAUUUGUAUUUUGUUGAUCAGAUAAAUGUGUGAUGUCAGCAGCCAAGCUUUCAAAUCUCUUUUCUCCCACCACUGUUUUCUGUGUCUCCUAACAUUUUGUCCCAUGAGAAAGAGAAAUGGGAAAAUAAAGUCGGCACCACUCUCUCCUUAAUUUUUGUCCCAUCGAUAUCUUGGGAGUGAAGAAUUAACCUCCCAUCUGUCUGCAAUACCCUGUGGAAACAUGGCUCUCCCUCCCCAGCCUGCCUUCAAAGAAUUAAUCACUUUUCUGAAGUUCACUCCUUUACACCUUCUUUUUACUUUUAUUAUUAUUAUUUUAGUUGCAUGAUGCCAAGACAUUCCUGAAGCAUUAAACAUGUUUGCUGCAAAUCAUUUUUAUGUCUUUGUUAAGUCUCUCCCCUCCCUCCCUUCUUGAAUCCAGGCACUAGCACGGAAAUAUUCUCCUGACAGCUAAUACGUUUUUCAUUUGGGGAGGCUUUUUGCCGUGCUGCCAAGGGAGCUGUUUUUUAUUUAAAAAUGUUUUUGAAGCAAUCUUGCUUUAAUUAGCCUGUUUGAGAAAUUUCAUGUCACUUUUCCAUAAGCGUGGGUGGGAGAACCUUGGAGCCAGAGCUGUCUUUUGCUGUUGGAGAGCUGGUAUAAAUCCCAGAGAAAGAAAACAUAUUUUUCCACUCUUCCAGUCUGCCAAUAGAGACUUGGCCAUAGUUUUCAGUUCACAGGCUGUUCUAGUUUUUGCUGUCCCGGCUGCCUGAAUACUUGCAUUGAUCCAGUCCAACUGUAGACAGCACACCCUCUCACUAGCACGGGUCAUAUGAAAAGAAGUCAGGAAUCCUAGGCUACCAAAUCACAAACUUUGCAGGCAAAAAUCCCAGACUCCAGUCUAUGAAAAUGAAGGGCUUAUUUGUAGUUUUCAGGUGAAGGUUAAAAUUAAGAACUGGUGCAGUAAGGGGUAUUGGUGUAGCUUUUCUUAUCGUAGCGCUUCAGUGAAGGAAUACUUGAUAUCUAUAUCUUGUGAUAUUUUCCCUUCAGUUUAACUAAUUUCUUGAUGUUAAGGAGUCCUUUUAGCCUUUGGACCUAGCAAAUGUGUUUUUAGAGCAGGGAAUGAUGCAGCACAGAGCUGUUUCUUUCUGUUUACUACAUUGUUUCUCAAAAUUCUUGAAUUCGUAUCGCCUUCCAAACUUACAGCCUCUAGAUCAGAACCAGUCCUUUAUUCCUCAGAUGAAUGUGCAGAGAGGUCCUUGCUCACAGUUGUGUGCAUACACCCUGCUGCUGCACUAGGGUAGUACCAUAUAUACUUGAGUAUAAGCUGACUUUUUCAGCACAUUUUUUUAUGCUGAAAAAGCCCCCCUCAGCUUAUACUUGAGUGAGGCGGGUGGCAGCGGCAGUGGCGGAGAGACAAGUGGCCCAAAAGGAGCCCUUUCUCGCCACUGGUCCCACUGCCGCCGCCCACCUCUAGCAAGGGCGGGCAUAGGAGCCGUGGUUGGGAGAGGCAUUGCACUGUGCUGUGCCUCUCCCAAUCAUGGCUCCUAUGCCUGCUCUUGUGAGCAGCAGAGGCAGCGGCGGAGGGACGAGUGGCCCGAAAGGAGCCCUUUCAGGCUGCUCCUUCCUCCUCUUCCUUUGCUGCUGUCAGCGGAGGAGGAACGAGCAGCCUGAAAGCAGCCCUUUUGGGCUGCUUGUUCUUCCUCCGCCGCUGCCGCCACCACCAGGUUUGUGGUGUGGUGAACCGGCUUAUACUCGAGUCAAUAAGUUUUCCCAAUUUUUUGUGCUAAAAUUAGGUGCCUCAGCUUAUAUUCGGGUCGGCUUAUACUCGAGUAUAUAUGGUAAUUCCACACAAGCUUUAAGGAAGGAAUAGAACAGGAGAUGUCUGACACCCUACUGAAGCCACAGAUGGAUAGUCAUAAGCAUCUCCUUCUGAGCUCUUAUUUUCCCAUAUCAUAGUGGGAUGAUGGGGUAGAAAGGAUGCUGUCAAUCUCACAAACCCAAUGUGGAUCAGUGAGGUUCCACUGCUAAGAGAGGGCAUUUGUUUUAACUCAGGGCUUGGCAGUUGGAGGAAGAUAGCACUACAAGAAACCAUGAGGACUAGGUGUGAGUUCUUUAAUUAAAGCCAGAUUAACAGGAUCCCACAUAGCUACUGGGUUGAAGCAUAUGUUUGCCACAACAAUCAUGCUACACUAAAGGCAUUCCAAGAAGGUGUGCUGUGGGCAAAGGCUUCAGUAGUUCAUAUUGAUAUUUCCAAACAUAAUAGUUAUUUUGUGCAUGUGUUAUCAUUAGGAAAUGUAAUAUGUAUCAAACAAAGGCCCUUUGGAUUUCAUAUGGGCUUAGAAAAUUAUUCCUAUUUCUGGAAUAACCUGGACUUCGAAAUAGUGAUCAAGACAUUUGAUCAAGAAGUUCACUGGCAGUGGUCUAUGUCUGUGACUCACUUGAUAAUUGUAAUCCCAUACCCAGAACUGGAGUCCCCUUUAACUGUUUUCUGCUUUGGAGUCCUCAGUACCUGCUAACAAACUAGCGAGCCACUCUCAAACACCCAUGACAUAUUGGUAGAUCCUGCCUCACUAUUGGAAAUCACAGUUCUAAUACCACUCAUUAUAUGUAGGUCACUCAGGCCCUCAUUGCAUUGCCCCACGGAACUUUGCAUUGUAAGUCCUUGGUAAAGAUGGCAUUGUAUCUCUGAGAUACUAUUAUGUUUUGCUAGAUAAGGAAAGGGGUUUACUAGAGCAAGAACCAGUGAAAUAGAAAGUUGUUAUUAUAUGACAACUUCAUUAGAGGUUUCAGUUUUGGGCACCUGAUUCUUGAAAUCCUGUGCAGAUGGUUAAGAAGUGUUCAGACACAGUAAUAGAGAAAACAGCAGGGAAGAGAGGAAGAAGGAAGGCUGAGGUUGUUGGGGUUUUUUUGGCUGGUUGUGGUGAGAACUUGUGCAAACAUUCCCUCCUAAUGGAUUUCUCAAAUGUACUGGCAGGCAGGCAAGCAAAGGCAGGUGUCACGUCAAAUACCUUCUCCGAUGAAACUUGAUCCAUCCCUCUUGAUCUGGUAUACUCAUUCUCACUUUUAAAGGACCUCUUUGUUGGUUGUUUUGCUCCUAAGAGCCCAGAGAAUAGUGCAGCCAACUAGUUUAGCAGACAAAGUAGACCUCAAUAAGAAACCUUUCUCUCUCUCUCUCUCUUGCUCUCUAAUGUUAAUUUUGCAAGUAUAUCUGAAAACCCAUUAUAUUUCUCUUUUUCUCAAGGUUCAUAACAGUAGAACAUUAGGACAAGUAUUCUCAACAAUUACAAUUUGAUUACAAACAUACAAAGCUGAAUAACUGUUCCCUGUUGGUAUGGGUUUCUGUUUUGAACAACAAUGAAGUUUUAAGCUUGUUUAUUAUGGUUAUGGUAAUACACUUUGAAACUGACUCCUCCUUCAUAAACGUCUCAGUUUGUUUUGAGAACUAAUUAUCUGUUGCGGGGGGUUUGCGGGAGUGGGCUAAGUUUUUAUGGAAUAUCCUAGAUUGUUUCCCACACUAGCAGUUUAGGGCAGAAUCAAACCGCCUGAUUUGCCUUGUUGCGGGGUAGGUUGUAAGGAAUGGAGGUCUCUCACUGCCCAGGCCAGAACAGUUGUGUCAGCCUCCACCUAUGGAGUGACACUAGCAUCACUCUGCCAGCACAUAGCUCCCCAUUGCAAAUUGAUUGUUUGUGUAUGUGUGUUUGGGUGCUAAAAGCGCUUCACCAGAUAAUAAAUGCUUUACCUUGCAAAGCAAUGUGAUAGGUAUUUGGAAAUCAUAUGGUCAUAAUGGAUAAUUUCAAGAAUUCUGCUGACCUUAUUAAAAAAGAGAUCAGCUCUAGUCUACACUCCUAUUUGAUGUGGCAGAGAAAUUAGAUAGUUAUAAGAAUAAAGAAAACAGAAGAUGACAAGUGAAAAAUCAGUUGGGCUGUUCAAUCUGUUUCAAUUAAAAGUCAAUCAAUCAAUCAAUCAAUCAAUCCAGAGGCAUUAUGAUUUGCUUAGUGGCAUACUGCCUUUGCCCAGCAACUGCAUACGUACAUCCAUUGUACACCAUGAAAACAGGACCAUGCCUACAGGAAACUCCCCAAAUGACUCCUGGAGACACAAAGGCUGCACUCUCAAGCACACUUGCAUGUAAAUCCUAUUGAUAUCAGUGAACUAGGUGUCACAUUGGCAAAAGCGUCGUCCUACCCACAUAUUGUCAAGGUGAUGGGAAUAUUGGAGCUAUUUGCAAAGGGGAGAUUGGAAGACAGAUGGCAGGGUGGCGUAACUCCUCCUGUGCAUCCAAUUUCUAUCCUGAAAACAUCCCACCCAGGCCAUGUUUCUCCUGCCUAGGCUUGUUGUGGAGCCCAGCUGAAGAAAAAUAUUUAUAACUUGACAUUUUGUAGGGGAAAUUGCUGGACUGAAUGUGGAAGGUGGGAGUGGAGAGAGCGAAGAUUAAGUUCCCUCCUCUUGUCUUCCUGCACUUCUUACAAGUGAGCAGUCCACAAUAGUACAGUAUUGCAAAGGAAAUGGAGAGCUUAGAACCCCAUAUUACCUUCCAGCAUGCAGGUUGUUCUUUAUUUCUAGGUUUAGGAUUAGGAGGUUAGGAAAGAACGAGCACUUGGGGCAUAAGAAAUGGUCAUAUUUGAGACACCUGCAUAUGCUAUGGUUCUUGGAGUUUUUCAACAGUACAUGAGAUUGUGAUAUAAUCUAAUGGAAAGGAUAUAAGCUUCCUCAGUUUGUAAUAAAUGCAAAUCCUUGAGACCCCCCCUCCCUUGUGAUUCUUUUUAAUCUACUUACAUUGUCCACCACUUUUACUUUUCUCCCAUGUGUAAAGCCCAGCAGUUCAGCUUUUAACAGAUCCUGUUGUUAUCCUCUUAAACAGAUCUCAAAGACUUCAAAUACGAUGGCCAGCAUGUGAUAGAAGUUGAUGAGGGAAAUACAGCCGUAAUUGCCUGUGAUCUUCCUGAAAGCCACCCAAAGGCUCAGGUUCGCUACAGUGUGAAACAUGAGUGGCUGGAGGUCUCCAGAGGUGAGUUGUGACUGACUUACGAAGGAAGAGAAACUGGAAUUGGUGUCUGCUUUAUAUCUCACUUACCUUCUAGUCAAUUUUUACCCCUCCUUACACCUUCUGACUGUGCCUUUUGGGCUGAUCUGUACAAUCAUUUUUCUGAGUUCUCUUAAGGGCUAUGGCUUUCUGUAUAGUAGACAUAGUCUUUCAUGACUCCACAUUUCGGUCCUCACCCAGGAGCAAUUUCUUGACUGUCCUGUAACUUUCUUGAAGCACUAAAAAUAUACCUGUGAAAGAAAUAUUUGAAAGCUGGGAAGUGCUGGGAGGAUGAGUGAAUCCCUUAUUUUAAUAAUAAAACCAAAUGGUGUCCUAAUUAUCAUACCAGGUUUGCCAUGAGAAUUAAAGCUGAUUUUUUUUUUUUUACUCAAUCUUUUUAUUCCAUUCUUCCAACCACUCACCAUUUUCUUUCUCUCAAUCUUAGCUGGAAAUUUCUUCUUUUCUUCUGCUCCUCUUAUUAUUACUCAAUAAUGUUCCUUUUGUGUUUACAGUAUACUAGAAAUUGUAUAAUACGAAUGUUCCCUGCCUUAGGAAUCUCUUGCUCCUUUAUCUUAACAGAUAACUAUCUGAUCAUGCCGUCUGGGAAUCUUCAGAUAGUCAAUGCAAGCCAAGACGACGAGGGAACUUACAAAUGUGCGGCCUACAACCCUAUCACCCAGGAAGUAAAAACAUCUGUGUCUAGCGAGAAACUCCGUGUGAGACGUAAGUCGCUUCUUCCAAAUAUUUGGGUUCACUGGCUUCAGGUUGUCUUAAGGUGGUGGUCCCAUUUUGCUGGUGCCACCAAAUGCAGUCCUUUUAAGCUGCAUGUUUUACACAAGCCCUUCAUAUUUGAGAGCUUGCUUUCUAUACAGGAGUGUUAAAUUCAAAGUAUCCUCUUGCAGUGCAGGUAGCAGAAACUUAUCUCACAAGCAUAAGGCUUCAUUGUACAUUUUCUGUUGCUUUUGGUAUUAUAUAUGGAGUGAUGAAGUUGUUGAUGGCAGAGUUGGUGAAAUUCCAGUUGGUGAAACUUCCUGUUUAGUGGCUUUUUCGCCCCAAUAGGCUUUUCUGCUCACAUAGUGCAUCUUGUCCUGUUCUACAAGACUGACUUACUUUUGUUUCACUGAUUUCUCUCUUGGCACUAGGUUCCACAGCUGAGGCAGCUCGCAUAAUUUAUCCCCCAGAGGCUCAGACCAUCAUUGUCACUAAGGGUCAAACUCUAAUCCUUGAAUGCGUGGCUAGUGGGAUUCCACCUCCACGUGUCACGUGGGCUAAGGAUGGCUCCAAUGUCUCUGGCUACAACAAGACUCGAUUCCUUCUCAGCAAUCUCCUAAUUGAUGCAAUCAGUGAGGAAGAUUCAGGGACCUACAGCUGUAUGGCUGACAAUGGCAUGGGUGAGGCUGCAGCAGCAUUCAUUCUCUACAAUGUUCAAGUGUUUGGUGAGUACAACUUCAUUUUCCUCCCUCUUCUCUCCUGUUAGACCCAGCAGCUAUAACCAUGGUCUGGAGACUGCUCACAUAGUCAUAUAUUUCAGAACUGUUUUUGAGGUGAAAUUUAAUGCUCACAAGCAAAGUUCCUCCAGCUUAGAUUUCACUCAGGGGCCUAACUCCUAAUAACUGCCUAAGUAAGCUUUGAGGGCAGAGCCAAAGCUUUGACUUUCCAAAAAAGAGCCAGAGGAUUAAAACCGAGUUAUUUAUUGAGGCACAGUAAUUCUAGGCGCACACGCAUAAAUAUAAUCAAAAGACAGAAAAUUGUAUUCAGUAACUAAAAAUGUUCUAAGCUAGAUGGAAUGUGCUGUGAAAAGCAGUCAUGUGCUUUUAGCUGAACUGUAAUUUAAAGAUCCUUGGGUGAAUUUGGUCCUUUGAGUCUCUCACAAAGAAAUUAAAGAGAUAUCAACAUAUAGUACGCCAAGCUUAAUGAUCAGGCAAAAAGAUAGAGGCAUUUCCUUUUUAAAGGAAAUAAAUGUCUGGGCUAUAAGCUAAUGCAGGCUAGGAAAUCCCUGGCCAAUCAAGAAGGCUGCUUCAUCUACCUGCAUAAUAAGCCCAAUUUGAUAGGAUUACCUGGUGUGCAUACAUAUAAAAGAAAUACACAAAACAGGCAAUUGUUCUUGAAGGUGUUGAUUUACAGAAUUCAACACAUGAAGGUUUUACCUAGGUCCUUUGCUCAAGAACCUGUAUCAGGGAGCUCUUGGAAGAGGUUUAAUUAAUGGAGAGGUCCAUUAGUUUUCUGGUCUAGAGCCUGUGGUCGUAAAAGAGCAUAGUGACUGCCCAUCUGUCAUGGAUGCUUUAGCUGAGAUUCCUGCAUUGCAGGAGGUUGGACUAGAUGACCCUUGGGUCCCUUCCAACUUGUAAGAUUCUGUUAUUCUAUGAUCUCCGAAAGAUUACUUUUGAAAUACGUGAAGGAUCUACUUAAAGGACACUAAAUGGCUGUGCACAAGAAUAAAUGGGCUUGGGUAUUGCUGUCUUCAUAACCCCGUUUAUAACACAGCAACGUAGGAGGAUAGCUACAAAUAUUUCAGUUCUGCCUGUUUCAGAGGUGAAUGGUCGUUCUCACACCUGAAUUGUAACUCUGUUUCCUUUUCAGAACCCCCGGAGGUUGUCAUGGAACUAUCUCAGCAGAUCAUCUCAUGGGGUCAAAGUGCAAAGUUCACCUGCAAGGUUCGGGGUAACCCCCAGCCAUCAGUUGUGUGGCUGCGUAAUGCAGUUCCUCUCUUCUCCAGCCACCGAAUGCAACUCUCUCGCAAGGCCCUACGUGUCUCCAGUGUGGGGCCUGAGGAUGAAGGGAUAUAUCAGUGCAUGGCAGAGAAUGAAGUUGGGAGUGCACAGGCUAUGGUUCAGCUGAGGACUACUGGGCCUGGUAAGUCCAAAGUGAAGUUCAAAAGGUUGAUAUAGGGAUAAUGAAAUAAGAAUUGUAAAGCACUUUGAACAGCAAAAGUAAGUAUAAUAAUGUUGUUGUUGUUUAUACCCCACCCAUCUGGCUGGGUUUCCCCAGCCACUCUGGGCGGCUCCCAACUUAAUAUUAAAAACAAAAUACAGCAUUAAACAUUAAAAACUUCCCUAAAUAGUAUCUCAUUGCUAUUAGUAUUAGGGGUGUAUCUGUCUAUACAUUGGGCUGCUCAUUCUCUGUUUAUGCCAAGUCAUGCAACUCAGGUUAGUUUCUGAUCUGGAAAGGAACUUCCUGAGAUUCCUACUUCUCAGAUGUGUGGCUUUCAGAGUAUUGGAGAAAUGAACCUGAACACAUGGAGGUUGUAUCUUGAGUAGUUCCCUAGGUACUUAGGGGGAAAGUUGCUUUGCCUGCAUAGCUGUUUCAUGGACUGAGCUUCUUAAAUCUUUAUCUGUCCAUUUACAUAUGUAUUAAGUGUCUGAAUUACCCUCCACACUUCAGCUGCAAUAGCAACACUAAAAGCAGCUUACAAAAAUCGAAAUGACAAAAUAUUUGUAAAAAUUCAGUGUUGAAGUGAUAAAAUAGGUGAUUGUGACAAACAUGACAGAUGUCUCUUUUCUGACACCACUCUUUCUCUAUUGUUUGUUCAUUAGAAACCCCAUUCUCUGUCAAAAUAAAACUACACAAAUUAAAAUUCUCCGAGAACAUAAUUUGUAAAGGGACUGAGUCAGAUGUACUUGGAAUUUAAUGAAUGGUUAACAUACAUACAUACAUACAUAACUUUAUUUGUAUGCCACUCUUCCACAGUUCAAACCAUGCUCAAGGCAGGUUACAACAUGAACAAAAUAUAAAACUACAAUAUAAACAAUAAAAAAAUUAAACAGACAGAACCAAACUGAACACUUUCCACAGAAAUUGCAACAAGAUCUAAAAUAAAAAUACAAAAAACCAACAGCAACAAUUCCCCCCAAAAUAAACCCCCCUAAACAGUGCCCCAGCCCAAGAGCUUUUGUAGCUGGAGUCAGUCUGGGCCCCACCCUCCCAGGCCAAGUGGGAAAAGGCCUGCAGGGCAGGGAGCAGGUCUUCCAGGACUCACAGCCAAGAUGCUCUCAUUGGUGUCACUGAGACAGCAUUUGGAUUUUGUGUAGACAAGAGUAGGCUGAUGCCUAGUGCACCAAAAUCCCAGGUGCUUAGAACUUCCCCUCUGGCUACCUAAAGCAGACUUUCUAUCUUCUAAAGAAGCCAAAAGCCUAUGAAAAAAUUAGGCUUGUUAAGUUAAAAGGAAGAAGCCUAAAGCCAACUGAAGACUCACGUAGUAGUUUAUAGCCGUGGGAGACACAAUGCAGAAAUGGAAACUUACCCGACUUGCUGGGUGUUAUUCUACUGCAGUGCUAAGAAAACCCUAAUAAGCUAGAUUCACACACACACACACACACACACACACACACACCUUUUCCUGAUAGUUGGGAGUAAGUGGGUAUCAGUUUUAAGACAGUGGGUAUCAGUUUUAUCAGUUCAGUGCUCCAGCAUUUGUUCAAAUCAUGUCUCUUGCCUUCUAGGAACAACUCUGAAGCCACAGCAAGGUUCUGUUGCUGAUUCAGCUCAGUCUGCCUUGUCACCUACCCUGCUUAGCAAUAGUGAAAAAAUGCUGAAAGACAAAGCAAAUUUCCUAAGACCCAGGCCCACGACACCAUCCGUGUCUGUUCAAUGUACUACCAAAGAGUUGGUGUCUCCAGCUGAGGCCCCAGUCAUCCUUAGCUCUCCCCGGACUACUAAAACAGAUUCAUAUGAGCUGUUGUGGAAACCACGGCAUGAUGGCAAAGCCCCAGUCCUCUACUAUGUUGUAAAACAUCGCAAGGUUAGCACAUUCCUUUUUAACUGAUUUCUGAUAAUGAUGCUGAAUUACAGUUUAUCUGGAAAGCUCUGUAUCGCUUACACUUUCUUGCCAGUUUAGGUAGCAGCAGCCCAUCUUUUGGAUGGGCAGGAUAUUUGUCCUGUGUGCGGUCUCUGAAUGUCAGUGAGUGAUAGCAGCAUAAGGAACAGGCAUAAGGAAGUGGGUGCUUUGGUGCAAGUUUGAGAUCAGCAUGGGAGAGAGAACUGCAGAGAUGUAUGUAUCAGUGAACAGGGGCAAACCCAGGAUGCACAUAACCCUGGGAUUAUACAUAUACAGUGGUGCCUCGCAAGAUGAAAUUAAUCCGUUCCGCGAGAGUCUUCGUCUAGCGGUUUUUUCGUCUUGCGAAGCAACCCUAUUAGCGGCUUAACGGAUUAGCGCUAUUAGCGGUUUAGCGGCUAUUAAAGGCUUAAAGGCUUAGCGGAUUAGCUGCUAAAAGGCUAUUAAAGGCUAUUAAAGGCUUAGCAGAUUAGAUAAAGGGGGCGAAAAGCGGAAAAAAAAUCUCAAGACUUGCAAGACAUUUUCGUCUUGCGAAGCAAGCCCAUAGAGAAAUUCGUCCUGUGAAGCAACUCAAAAACGGAAAACCCUUUCGUCUAGCGGGUUUUCCGUCUUGCGAGGCAUUCGUCUUGCGGGGCACCACUGUACUUUACUUAGUCUGGGGCAUUUCUUCCCUCUCCCACUACCCUCCCUCCUCUUUUGAUGAACUUAUCCUUAUCAUAAGACAGAUUCCCGUAAAGUAAUGAUUCCAGACCUUCAUGGUAUCUUAGCUUGCUGCAUGUACCUUCCUUGCAUUGUUCGUUGGUUGUGGUCUCUCUUUUUUCAGUUGCUUCACCUGGAAGGCUCUUGGGUCAGAGGGAGUCACCAGGGGUCACUGCACUUAGGACUAAUAUGUUUCCAGCACGGAGCAAAUUCUCAGCUGGUGAUUCUUUCUUGUAUCUUAAAGGACUUUACAAGAGGAAACUGUUCCUGUUAACCCUGCUAUCACUUUCAUUUGCGUGGCUGGUAACCAGACAGACACCCUGAAAUGGGCUUUAUGUAAAGGAGAUGCUGGGUUUAGCCAAAUUCUGAAUAAACAUGAUUAUAUCAUGGCUCAUUUCAAUAAAUCUAUUCUGACAUGUGUUUACUUGAGGUGUAAGUGCAUUUCAGAGAGUUUUAUCCAGCUAAGUCAUACUCAGAUAUGACUUGUGGAAAACAAUGGAGAGAACUAAGUAAUGUUAAUUUAUUUCAGUGGAUGUAUUCUGCAUUGGAUACCAUCCAGUUUAUGGAGUGCCCACAUGUACUACAUGUGAUAACUAAAUAACCUGGACUGCUUAGAAAUCUUUUAACUAAAGAUAGCACUAAAAACUCGUUAACCCUGUGCAGCUUUGUUCAAUACAUCCACAGCACAAAUUAUAACAUUGUGAUUACAUAGCCCUUGGGGGAUGGGAAUAGUGGUGAAUGGAGAAGUGGUACCUACCUCAUAUGUCAAUUGAUUGAGGCAAUUAGUAGCAGUGGGUAUCAAAUACCAGAAUUCAGACAUUUGCCAGUAGACGAGUAGUUCUGCUCAUUUCAGAUUGCAGGUUUGUCCACAACUAUCUGUGAUAAAUAUGGCAUGGUCUCAUUUUCCUAUUGGAGGCAAAAUAAGAUGUUCCGUUUUCUUUUUUAGGACAAAAUUGUAGGGUUGUUUCCAAUUCAAAGAAGGCACUGUAGCCUAUAAGUGCCUUUCACCAGUGGAAUGUGAGGAUGAUAGUUUUCAGCGAUUCCUCAUCCUUUUCCAGUCCCCUAUGUGCCCGCCCCCCCAAUCUGCUCCAGACAAAGGGGGUAUUUGUAAAAAAAUGCCUCCCUCUUUGUCACAUUCACGGAAACUUUCACUGGAGCUAAGAGCCUGCAGUGAGUGGAGGGACGCAGUUGGAUACAACCUGUAACUGUUUGGUAAAUGCACAGAUGCACAACCUGUGUAGCUUGCAGCUGCUAAGUAGACAUUGGAGUUCUCUCCCUUGAGGGUGUUGAUUUGCCCCCUCUAAUUCUUGAUGAUACAGCUCUGCAGCUGACUUUUCUUUCAUUGUCAUAUGGUUAUUUUUGGACUGGGGAAUAGCUAAUAAUCUUCAUCUUCUUCUACUCAGAUAUAAGGGCUGUAGUUCAGUAAUCAAGUAUUUGUAUUGCAUUCAAAAGGUUCCAGGUUCUGUAGUUCCCAGAAACCGUUAUGAGCAAGAUAACAGGCAGCUUCCGGUGUUACUUUAUUCCUAUGUUAUCUCAUACCAGUUCGCCAGUGAUUAUUUUCUAUAUGCAGCACACAUGUUUAAAAAAUUUUAUUUUAUAAUUCUCAAUUGCUAUUAGCAGGAGUUUCUGUUACAACAUGGAAUUAUAAAGGGGUUCCUCUGAGUGGCAUCAAUUUAAUAAGAUCAUGCUGCAAAGUAGCUUAAUGCUUCUGAGAAUUUACUUGUCAUAGCAUUCUUGCUGUUGUCAUUACUACUCAAAUCCAAACUGCUCUUGUCAGUAUGCAUGACACUUUGCAGAAUACAAGACAAUCUAAAAUUUACACUGGGAAAAACAUAAAGGAAGGGGAGGAAAGGAGAAAUGGGUUUAAAAAUGAAGCAAUAAUGCACUUGUUUCAGUUGCAUUUCCUUAGGCUUUAUUUCUGCAUGUGCUGUAGUGAGGAGCAGAUGGGGCUUAUCAGCCUGGAAAAGUAGCCCAUCUAAGAGAAGGAAAACUCUGAUCCUAAACCUUUGCUGCCUUGUGGGAUAUCUUUGGGAGAAAAUGGUUAAGGAGUACACCAAACAAAAAUCCAAAGUAGUUCCUAACAUGGUUGGGUGGAGCCUUGUAUGCCUCUUUCCAACAACUCCUGGUGCCAAGGUGGUGUCAGACAUAUUGCUCUGCUUUCCUUUGGACCACAUCAGCAAGGCUGAGAGAGCAGGGGUCUUGUCAUCUGGACAGCCCAGGACCUCCGUACUUGCUUGUGCCCUGGGGAGUUCACUUUGGUGCUGCUAACACAGCAGUUUGACUUCAUCCCUGCACUCUAUUGUCUCUCAAGACAAACAGAUGCCAGCAACAAGUUUAUUUAGAUCUGGCUUUGGCUAAAAAUGCUCAAUAGCCCUUUUAUCCGUAAUAAGGUGAAGGCAAUUGAAUCCACUCAUAGGUGUGCUUGUCCCUUGUCCUUCAACAGGUAAUGAAUUCUUCAGACAGCUGGACAGUCAGGGAUGUCCCUGCCAACCAGCAUCAUCUGACUCUAAUAAAACUGGACCCAGGAAGUUUGUAUGAGGUGGAGAUGUCUGCCUACAACUGUGCUGGAGAGGGGCAGACAGCAAUGGUGACCUUCAGGACCGGUAAAGAUGUAGUACUUUCCCAUGAGUUGUAAAUUCUCUCCUUGUCCUGAUACUGAAGGAUUUGUCAUUUAGAAAUUUGCUUUUAAUAAUAAUAAUAAUAAUAAUAAUAAUAAUAAUGUUAAUAAGACGCGGUUACAUCCAUGGAAUGUAAGCCACCACAGAAUGUUGGUGAAGUUUAUCAUUCAGAGCAAUAAGACACUAAAAGUUUAUCUCAUACCAUCUUUGCUAUUUUUGUCUUGCUUAGGACGUCGACCCAAACCAGAUAUCAUAGCCAGCAAAGAGCAGCAGAUUCAGAAGGAUGACCCUGGCACCAGCUCUCGAAGCAGCAACCAAUCCGACAACACGCGCCUGUCCCGUAAGGCCAUUUUCAGACUUGCGGCAGAAAGGGUUUUCUGGCUCUAGAAGUCUGAUUAUUCUUGGGGGAGGAGAGCUGGGAAAGAUGGUGGUGUGAAUGAGAAAAAGACAAGCCUGGCACAAGCAACAGGAAGGGAGUUUGCUUAUCUCUGCUGCUUCUGUCCAGUCCUUAUUAGGCCAUGUUGCUCUUCAAAGUCUGUUUUACUGGCAACAAGCACCUAUCAGACAAACGGUCUAGUAAUAUGAUAGUGAGCGAAUCAUAGAAUCGUGGAAUUGUAGAGUUGGAAGGGACGCUGAGGGUCACCUAGUACAAUCCCCUGUAAUGCAGGAAUCUGAACGAAAGCAUUGAUGACAGAUGGUCAUCCAGCCUCUGCUUAGAAGCCUCUAAGGAAGGAGAGUCCACCACCUUCUGAGGGAGUCUGUUCCACUGUCAAACAGUUCUUAUUGUCAGAAAGUUCUUCCUGAUGUUUAGUCAGAAUCUCCUUCCUUGUAACUUGAAGCCAUUGGUUCAGGUCCUACCCGCUGGAGCAGGAGAAAACAAGCCUGCUCCACGCUCCAUGCAACACUUCAACAAAUAGUGAUUUGAUUAUGAUUGUUGCGGUGGGAGGAGCCUUGAAAAAAUAUGCAAUUUCAAGAGGACACUUUUUACCGAGUCCAACUUGUCCGUGUGCGCACCUUUAGUAUUAUUAUUAAUUAAAUUUCUAUACUGCCCUUCAUCCAAGGAUCAUAGGGUGGUUUACAAUAUAAAAAUAUAUACUAUGGUAGCAAGAGCACCUUUUCUCUCCCCGUCUCCAUUUGUCUUCUCCCUCUCUCUAGCACACUAUUUCAUCUUGCAAGGAAAGUUCCCUACAGCCGAGCUUUCCCAAUCUAAAACUGGUUGUAUCUCUGCUAAUGUUAUUCUUCUUUUCCUUACAGCUCCCGAGGCUCCAGAUCGCCCCACCAUCUCGAUGGCAUCUGAGACAUCUGUCUAUGUGACUUGGAUCCCCCGUGGAAAUGGAGGCUUCCCCAUUCAGUCAUUCCGAGUAGAAUAUAAGAAACUGAAGAAGAUGGGGGACUGGGUGCUGGCCACAAGUGACAUCCACCCUUCUCGUCUCUCUGUGGAAAUUGCAGGACUAGAGAAAGGUAGGAGAUCUUCUAUUCCCAGCAGAUAGGCUUCCUAUGGUCCUUGGAAAGACUUAAUAGUGACUUCAUAUCUUGCCUGCUGCCACAGAAACCAUUAUCCACGCCAAGGAGAAAAGGUCAUUUCAGAGUUGGCUAGUAAUUCGUGGUCCUCUUCCGGAGAAAUGUGAAAUUCUGCAGAUGCUUUCUUUAAUCCUGAAAUUAUUCUGCGGAGACCAAAAGCUUUGAAUCACUGUAUCCAUGCCAAACUACAUAUUACCUGCAAAUGUAUCAAAUGGCAGCCCAACAAUUCUCUUUUUUCACACGGAAAGCUACCACAGAUGGGUCAGUUAGGAACAGAAACGUGUGUGCAUGUGAGUGGAAGUUUAACCCUUUCCCUGCUUGCUGUUUCCCCACUUCAAGUGGAACAGAUUGCCUCAGGAGAUGGUGGGCUCACUGCUGGAGGUAUUUAAGUUGAAGCUUCCAGGGGUGGGGGCGGCGUCCUAGAUUAAGCAGGGGAUCCAUCCCUAGUCCAUGGGUGUAGCCAAAGGAGGGCGGGGAGGGGCAGCUGCCCCCCACCCAAACCAAGUAAAUCAAUACAAAAUAACUAACUGAGGUUCUUCCCCUCUAACAUAAAGCCUGGCUACGUCCAUGCCCAAGUCUACAGUUUUAUGGCUCUACAAAGUCACCCACUUUGUAUCUUCCCUCACUGCAAGAUUUCAAGCCUUUGUUUACCCUCACAAAUACAGUUUUGAAGAAAUGGCAGGAAGUAAAAUGGUUAAUUGUGUGUGUCCUUGUAUCCAUUUCUCCAAACAUCCACCCUAAAGCAGCUUUUCAUGCAAAGACAAAAGCCAUAGAUCAACUGUUCUUUACACUUGUUGGCAUGUAGCGUGUACAUUAGCACUCAGUCUCUUCUGUGCAUCUGAAGUAAGGUAGCAAAUGUGAUCUCUUGACCAUUCAGACCAGGUUAAAAAAACACCUGAACCUUUUAAAAAGCAGUCAUUGUCUGGGGCGGCAAGAUUAGACUUUUGCUGCUAUUUUGUUUCUUAGUUCAUGAGGUCAGGAAACACUGGCUCUGCAGUAUGUCAUUUUGCCACCUGCUAAUGUGGAAUGUCUGAGUUUUCAGGAAGAGAUGAACAAGGAAAAUACCAAGGUCAGAGGUCUGCUCACUUUUCUCCUGCAUUGUUUCUCCAUUCCAUAUUCUAGGCACAUCCUACAAAUUUCGAGUGCGAGCAUUGAACAUACUGGGGGAGAGUGAGCCAAGUGCUCCAUCUAAGCCACAUGUGGUAUCGGGCUACAGCAACCGUGUAUAUGAGCGCCCUGUCACAGGGCCAUACAUCACCUUCACGGAUGCCAUCAAUGAGACCACCAUCAUGCUGAAGUGGAUGGUAAGCAGGGGAGGCAGGAGCUGGGACUAGAACUCAAAAGAUAGGACAGGGUUUUUUUUUUCAUCUGUAGCAAAAUGUGCUCAGUAAAAUUGCAUAGGAUUUCUUACAACAUUAUUCCUGUUAACACUGCUGAUACUAACUAGUGCCAAAUUUUAAUUAUCACGACCUUAAGUUUCUCUGUUGCUUCCCUUCUUCUACUCUAUUGUGCUGGACACUUUUAGUGUCGCAGUUCUGUGUUUCAACACUCAAGCACACAUUUGAUUUUAUGGACUUUGUGGCUUAGAUCAUUUGUGUUCAUUGCAUUUCAGUUAAAAGUUCCAAAAUUGAGCAGUAUUAUUGCUCUCAUAUAUACCCACCCAUCACAUGUAGCACUUUCCAGCCUCUGCAAAGUCCACAUAAUAGCUUUAAUAUCGGCAUUCAUUUUGAAACAGAGGUUCUCAAACUUCUACAGAGUAGUCUCCUUUAGCUAAAGAAAAUUAGACAAUGCACUAUCUGAAACACAAAUAUGUGCCUUUCUUUAUAGCUUGUACAUUUUUUCCCCAGUUUGUAGCAAUUGUGGGAAAGUUUCCCAUUAUUUCUCCUGUUCUCCUACUGCAAUAUCCUAUGCCUGGGAAUAGUCAGUGCAGGCAUGUUUAAAAAAGUUAUCAAACUGCUUAUUGCUAGUAGAUUCUCAUGCAUCAGCCCCAAAUCAUCUCUAUUUUCCUGCCUGUGGGAAAAUCCAUUGCAAACAAUGGAUUCUGAGUGGUUAAUAUGAACACAACAGCAGGAAGAAGGAAUGAGUAGGCAAAUGAUGGAUACAUAGAAAAGGGGAAGAGUAGAAAGAGGUCCCCUUUUCUAUGUAGCUUAAUGGUAGAACACUUGCCUGGUAGUUUGCAUGCAUAUAUGACAGUCUCUGGGUAAAUCCCUGACAUCAUCCACCAAUGAUUUCAAGUCGCAGGGCUAGGAAAUAAAACUGCUAGUGAUAUACUGCCGAUUAGUAUUGACUGUACUGGGCUUGAUGUAUCUCUGAUCAUAUGCAGUACAAAAUGAGUAGUGAGCUGAAGAUUGACAGUGAGAAAUAGUGGCCUUCUUUAAGACCAUGUAUCUGCCCUACAGUUUUGAGAACUCCUGCUUUAACCAAACAAGACAGCAAUUAGUUGUAGGCACAAAUUGCUGGAUAUUUCCCCCCAUCUUCCACAAGAGAGACGACAUACCCAGCAACUUGUCCCUAGGGCCAUAACUCUCUUUUUUGUGAAAGUAGGAGUUCUAUCACAGUGAUAAUUAUAGUACUAUCAUAUCCUAUGCUAUCAUAAUGGAUUUUUUAAACUCUUUUCCUCACCUGCCAAAUAACAGUGUUCAAGGCUAUAUAUAUAGUUCAAUUCAUCAUAUGAAGAAAGAGAACAAAGUGUAACUUGUGCAAAAUAUUUAAGCCUUGGGUUCAGCUUUACUGAGGAUCGCAAUACUGAAGCCUAUUCCUUAAAAAGCCUUCACAAAUACAUUUUGCACCUUGCUCCACUCAUUACCAUUAUUUUGCCGUUGUCAGAUCUUGGUGUUCCAAUACACACUGAAAUAAAUCCCACAAUCCAGAAGUCUGCCCAGUCCUGCCUUAUUCUCUGCCUCUGCGAUGAACACCAACACUUUUGUGGUGUAGUGGUUAAGAGCGGUGGACUCACAAUCUGGUGAACUGGGUUUGAUUCCCCGUUCCUCCACAUGCAGCUGCUGGGUGACCUUGGGCUAGUCACACUUCUCUGAAGUCUCAGCCCCACUCACCUCACAGAGUGUUUGUUGUGGGGGAGGAAGGGAACGGAGAUUGUUAGCCGCUUUGAGACUCCUUCAGGUAGUGAUAAAGCGGGAUAUCAAAUCCAAACUCCUCUUCUUCUUUUGUUAAUUUCUGCCUUUUGCUCCUUUCUAUAGUACAUUUCAGCCAGCAAUAACAAUACUCCAAUUCACGGUUUUUACAUCUAUUAUCGACCAACUGACAGUGACAAUGACAGUGAUUACAAGAGGGAUACAGUAGAAGGUAAGGAUACAUCAGCUGGUUGGAUCCCAAAUGUUAAUUGCCCCAAAUAGUCUACUGAGGGCUUCUCCACAUAAUGGUAUAUAAUGGUAUAUAAAUUUAAAUAAUAAUAAUAUUAAUAUUAAUGGUAUAUAAAUUGAAAUAAUAAUAAUAGGCAUUUCCCAGCAAGUGGGGGGGGGAAUUAUGUUUGCUGUUAACUGUCCCAUGUCUAUAUUGCUGUGUGAUAAUACAGUGAUCCAUUUAUGGCAUUGGGAUAGAAUAAAAGGAAAGUGACACUUGUGUGUAUGUUGCUUCCUAUUCAGGUGACCGGUACUGGCAUUCUAUCAGCCACCUCCAGCCAGAAACUUCAUAUGACAUUAAGAUGCAGUGCUUCAACGAGGGUGGGGAGAGUGAAUUCAGUAAUGUGAUGAUGUGUGAAACCAAAGGUAACUAGUCCAACACUAUAUUCAGGUAUCUCAGAUGCUCCUCCUCCACUUUGCGAUAUGAAUAAGCUUGUGAAGAGAUCAGGAAGUUUAGAAAUAUAUUAUCCAUGGGUGAUACGUGUGAGAAACUGAUUAGGAGAGCAAAUAAUAUGAAACUAAGGAAAGGGAGGAGUUCUGGUGAUAAAAAUUCAUUCAUUAACUGCAGAAUUUGAAGGUAAGGUAUAAGUCCCCCCCAUUGGUGAAAAAAGUGACUCAACUGGAUAUUAUGCAGUAAGUCAGGAGUGGGGAACAUUUCUUUCUCCCAUUCCCUUCUGAGCCACCUUAUGGAGGCCAUGUGCCAGCAUUGGGCAGAGCAAGAGGCAAAAAUGGGCUGAGCAAUGAAUCCAAACUAGGUUCAUAAACUAUGAAGAAGCUGCAGUAUGUGGAGGCUGCCUUGCACCUUCGCUACAUAUCUUUAGGUGCUAGGAAAAGCAUAUCUCUUUUCACAGGCCUUUGACUGCUUAAACAGGCUAUGGCCUUUUAAAUUGGGGGGGGGAGUAUUUUGUUUAUUACUAUGUUAUGCAUUUUUAUGUGAUCCUUGAAUGAAGGAUGGUAUAGAAAUUUAAUAAAUAAUAAUAAUAAUAAUACAUUGAGAGAAUCAUGUUGAGACUGAAAAAUUGGGGUGGGCAUGGAGGCUGUGUAAAGAUCUUAACUAUGCUUUUCUUUCUCUUGAAGCUCGCAAAUCUGCAGGAGUGCCUGGUCACCUCCCACCAUCUACAGUAUCUACGAUACAUCACCCCCCACCCAACAGUGGCCAUAAUUUCUUAGGGGCAGGGGCCAUGGUGGCUCGCUCCAGUGAUCUGCCAUACUUGAUUGUAGGGGUGGUGCUGGGCUCCAUCGUUCUCAUCAUUGUGGCAUUCAUUCCAUUUUGCCUUUGGAGGGCUUGGUCCAAGCAGAGUAAGUGACUUUAACAAAAGGUACCUGUAACUCUGAAACAAAGGGCACACACACAACUUUGGGCUAUAAUAAGGGAAACCAACCCAAUUUCAUGAUAUUCCUACUCACAGGACAUGUUGCGUGAAUAACUCGUCCUCAAAUAACUUCACAUGUGCAUGUGAUUAAAUUCUGACUUCCAAAAGUCAUUUCAUGAACAUAACUGUCUGAAUUGGCUCUGUGGCCUUAAAAAGCCCACUCAUAACCAAGGCCCAAAGAUAUUCUAUACUGUCCUCAGAAUGUUUUUUCCUAUUUUCUUUUUCUUCCCCAAUGGCUAUGUCUGCAGUGUUUCCAGUUAUAGCAGCAGCUCAUGUUAUGUCUAUGUUCAGUCUUUAACAUGUAUAUUAUUUUGUCAUUUCAGAGCAGAGCAUAGAUCUGGGUUUUCCUGGUGCAGGGCUGCUGGUGUCCUCUUGCCAGUACACCAUGGUGCCCCUGCAAGGGGUCUCCACUCCUCGAGCUAAUGGGCUGCGUUAUGCAAAUGGCGUGCAUCUGCCAGCACACCAGGGAGCCAAUGGCCAUUUCCCCUCAGCUACAAUUGGAUAUCCCAACGCAAAGUCACAGGAUUACAGCCCAGAUGAGGUUCAACAGGUAAAUUUAUUUAGCAACAGCUGGGGGUGUUGAGUGACUUCUUUAUCUCCUUGGCCUGAAUAAUGACUCACUGCAACGCCCAAUGCCUAGCGUUCUGUUUCUGCCUCAGGAGGCAGAAGAGGAAGGGAAAUGCUUUGCCAGAAACUUCAGUUCCCAGACUAAAAUUUAUUUAGAGAUUAUAUACCCUGCUGACUAACCAAAGUUUUCAGCUUGACUUGCAAUAUAUUUAAAAUGCAAUAAAUUAUGGCAGGGCAGCUAUACUAUUUAUAUAAGCUUUCCCCUAGCGACCACUGUUCCAGUUGCCACUCUGCAGCUGAAUCUUCACAUUUGGAAAUGGCGGCUGAAUCAGCCAGAUGUUAAGUUCCUCAUAUGCCACGGUUUCUUCAUUGGACUGUUGCCAGUGUUCCUUACAACCACAGCCUCUGGGGGCAGAUGCAAAGGUGUUUUAAGCCUUCCUCCCAGAAUGUAAACCUGGAGAGGUCAGUCUUGUUUUUAGGUCUUUUGGACAAGUGGAAAAUUUUGAACCUAUAGAUUCUGAAUAUGAUGCAAUAAAUAGCCUUUGAGCAUCUAACUGGUUAUUAAUAAACCUUUUAAAGCAUCACAUCCUUUAAAAUGCAGUACAUAAAUUCCCCAUGGCAAAGUUUCAGAAGCCAUUUGUAUGCAAAGACCCAGAGACGCAGUACAGUCAUACCUUGGGUUAAAGUAGCUUCGGGUUGAGCGUUUUCGGGUUGCGCUCUGCGGCGACCCGGAAGUAACAGAACGCGUUACUUCCGGGUUUCGCUGCUCGCACAUGCGCAGAUGCUCAAAAUGACGUCACGCGCAUGUGCAGACGCAGCGAAUUGCAGCACGCACAGACGCGGGUUGCGUUCUCUUCAGGAUGCGAACGGGGCUCUGGAACGGACCCCGUUCACAUCCAGAGGUACCACUGUAAUCCUAUGGUUCUGGAUCAAUGUAGAGUCCAGUUCCCUAAAGCAGCUCAGUUUUUAUAAUCCUAGAAGCAGUAAUGGUUCUGAAUAUCUAAAGCUGAACUCCUUUGGCAUAAUCCCAUGCAUUGGCUUUGGAAUCUAGACUCUUUAAUUGUCUUCUAGAUAUUUCUUUUUCUAACUUAUUUUUUUAUUCUCAGCAGAAUGGGACCAAUGCGUUUCUGCAGGGGAGGGUGCUGCAAAAUGGAAAUAUUCCAGCUGAACACCAGAGGUAUGACUCUAGCCAUCAGGCUUCAUGUGUAAUGGCAAUAUGAUGUCACAGAAAUGAUGGAAACGCCUCUUAUGUCAGCAUUUCUGUCAUGCAAGAUUGUCUUCAUUAGGGCCGUAAAAAAUCAAAGCUCAUACCACGUUUUGUUCAGCAAUCUGUUCCCUUAAAGUUUUAUAGAAGUGAAAUUGGAAGUCCUUUAAUUUCAUGGUACUGAUGGCACAAUAGGACUGAUUCACUAAUUGCUUUUAAACUGAGGCAGACAAAACAAAUGUAUUUUAUGGUAGCAGGCCUGUGUGUGUAUAGGCUCACUGCAGAUUAAAGAACAUCUCAGAAUCAGAUUAAUAACCUAAUAGGUAAUUAUCCAAACGUGUUUCAGCAAUUUAGUGAAAUAUAGCCCCACAAUUCUGCUCUCCUGCCUUCAUCAUAGCUCAUGAUCAUUACCCAACCCAGUUAACCCUACCUUAACCCACCAAAAUCAAUCACCUAUCAUACCUAGUCACUGUCUGCUCCAAAAUACAUGGCAACCUCAUCCUCUUGAUAACCUCUGUGAAAUGUAAUGCUCAGUAAUCACAACGCAAUUGAAACUGCAUACUAUAUUGUUGUGUAAGAUUAUAUCCUACUAGAACCUAGAACAAUGAGCAUGGAAAUGAACGUAUGAAGUCUGCCAAACUGUGUCCUUUUUGUUUCUUCAAUUAACUUGUAUAUGAAGUUAAUCAGAGGAUAAUUGAAGAUGAUGUCCUCAAAUUGCUUUUUCUCUGCAACUUAGGUCACCUAGUCCUGGACCAGAACAGAAUUCUUUUCUCUAUGGGCUUCCAGAUGACUCCACACACCAGCUGCUUCAGCAACAUGACAAUUGCCAUCAUCGUGAACAUUACCUUGACCUGUGUCACUCUGUGCCACAAGGCAAAAUGGGCAACUCCGCUAAGGAAAUCAUGAAGGAUCCUGUCUUCCAUACAGGUCAGUGGGACAUAAACCAUAAAAGGAGAUUUUUGCUGCUGUUGCUUGCUAUGCAUUAACCUUUGGAGGAAAGUUGCUGCUUUCUAAAUCUAGGGCAGGACCUUGAUGUGAAAAGCAGAGAGAAUGGUAGGCAUGGGCUUUCUAUUCAGUUAAAGUUCUGCAUUAUUUGCAAGUUAUAUAUGGUGGCAUAUACAGAAACUAAUGUUCAAGCAUUUGAAAUAUACGGCCUAGAAAGAUAGAUCCAAUAGAUCCAACUGGAGCAUAUUCAACUUUCCAAUGACAUUGCUGUGCCUCCAACCCAAAACUGCAUGCAUCUAUAUCAAUUUCAGUAAAUGUCAGAGAGUGAAUUUUGAUUUGGAAAAUGUCAAGUAUUUUAUACUAAUGCAGGCUUCUUUCACACAAUCAUUUUUGUGUUAGUGUCACAGAAAUGACUGCAUGAAAUAACAGUGUAGCUCAGGUCUGAAAUGUCAAAAACAAUUACCAAAGGCUUACUUGGCAUUUACUAAUAUGCCUUUUGCUGGCAAAUGGAAUAAAUCAGAGUAGAAACUUGUCAUUAAUUGGUGAUUUUUGAGAAUUUAUCAGUAAUUGGCAGAAUUUGCAGACAUUUUCCACUGGCAUCACUUUUACUAGAAACUCUUAGCAUUUCAGUAUAUGUCACUUCGUUUUUUUAUAUUUUCAGUAAUACAAUCAUAGCUUGCUAUCUGACAAAUUGUAGUAACCCUUCUGGAUGAUCUCCAGAGCAGGGAUUUAAGCUCUUUUGGAUUUUCAUAGUGAAUUCCUUUCAAAGUGUUUUGAAGAAUAGUGGUAUCUGACCAAGGACACACUUUCAUUGUCCUUCCUUGUCUUCCCAGAUUCUGCCUGCUGCCUUGGUCUAGUACCAGUUGAAGACGUAGAGAGGACAGAUUUCUGCCAAGAUGAACGACAAGUGUGGCCCCUAAACACAGUGGACACUUGCUUGGCUGGAAGCACAGAGAAGCAUCUGAACAGCCUGCCACUGCAUGUUCCCUUAGAGACACUUCCUGGCACCAGUUAG